GCGACUGCGCUCUCAGUCUUGAAUUGUCCCGCGGAUGCAUGUAGAGGGAGAGCUCUCCUGUUUGCAAGUAGAGCAGAAGUGCAGAGGACGUGAGGCGAUGCGCACAGCGGAAAGGCACCAGAAGUGAACGUGGAGAGCAAAACAGAUUUUUGAGGACGGGGAGACGCCGUGAACAAUCACGGCGACAGCAAACCCUCGUCGCAAGACAGCAUUUGCAGUGAGUUGUGUGCACAUGCCUGAGGAAAGCUAAUCAGACGAGGUCUCUGGUGGGGUACACCGUUUGCUUGUUAUCUCAGCAGGACGGCUCAGUUUGACCGUCCGCUGCCCGGUGUUAGACUCUGCACUGAUCCGGAGAAGAAGACAAGCCGCCCUGGACGCCAAGAAGUCCUCUGUGCUGUGAGAGAAUGGGCUGUUUUUACCUUGUGGAAGGAAGGGCUUUGCUGUAACAUCAGCGGAUCAUGGCAGGGGUACACGCUUCAGAUGCUGUGUCGGGACAUUUUCUGGAUCCUGCCAUCGGCACCCAGCCGGCCCAGGGCGCGACCAACGUAGCGGGGAUCACCAGCGAUACGGCCGCUCUGACGCCGACCGGUACCCGGGCGUACUUGGAGGUGUCAGCCGCUGCUCAGGGCUACGGGGCCGAAGGAGUUUACACCAAUGGACGGUACCGGGAGCACGGCAGUCCAAGGAUCGGGAGUGGCAGCCGUGAUAAUUCCUCUGAGAGAAUUCAAGGAGCUGGGAAUCCACCUUGCGGCAUCAUGAAGGUUGGUUGGUUCAAACACUCAAUUCUCCUUAGAUACGAUUCUCAAGGUGACAGGGGGAGGGGGUCCCCAGAAGUGUCCUUUACAAAGAGAGUUCUGCAAAUGUGUGGCAAACCCAGAACAUAGUUCGUCCAGAAACUUUGGGGGGUCAUUAGAGUUCCAUUGGGUACCCUAGAAAACAUCUUAAUAAGUUUGUUUUCUUUUUAUAACAUCUCCCAUUACAAUUUUGAUUCAAGAGGGGAAACAGAAGCCUGUUUAUGUCCUCAGUUAUCCAACAGAAUAUGAUAUGUUACACAAAGCAAGACUAACAGGAUUAAAAUCUGCAUUUGAGAUCAGAAGAACAUUAACAGUCUUUUAUCAGACACUUUUUUUUAAAGAAAGUUUAAAAGACAUAUUUUCAUUGAGGUUCUGAGCUGGACUGGUUUGCAGGCAGAAUCUUAAGUGCCAUGUCAAACAGUGGUAAAAAGGUGAAAUCUGUAAUAUUAGGUAACAACUAUUACUGCAUUGACCCUGUCAGUACAACACAGAAAGGCGGCUGGACUUCUGAGGUCCUGUGUUUGAAGUAUGAUCUUUGUGUUUUCAUUGGCAACCCUGCCUUCAUAAGUGCUUCCAUCACAUAAGGUGAAUUCACUUGUGUAACACACGCAGACACAAGAAAGAUGGCUAACAUUUCCAUGUGUUUCAUGCCUGGUUACAUCAUGUCAUUAUUUACGUGUUGCUUUUACAACAUGGAGUGCGAUGUAUUACCAUGACAGACUUCAGUAAGGGAUUCAUGGUGAAGAUAGAAGUAUUGUGUAGUAGGGGUCACCUUUAAGAGUUACAUUUUGUCAUAUCAGACUGAGCUUACUGAGCAGCUGACACAAAACACCGGCUUACACUUUGUUACCUCCAGUAUUGAAUUUCCUGUGAAUGUGGGCAAACAUAGCCCACGUUCAGACUCUGCCACUAGUUGAAUGUUGCCAAAUUAAUGAAAUGAAACCCAAGUAAAGGCAGCACCAGUGUCUGUUUUCAUCCUGAGGAGUUUCCUUUUUCUACAACAAUCCUUAUUCCUCCUUUGAAAAAAAACAAAACAACCUGAAAUGUUAUAUGGCUACAAAGCCAUGAAUCCCCCCUGUCUUCACAACACCCAGUCAGCCACUGUGAGGCUCAUGAGCAAUACCUGGAAAAAAAAAAAAAGCUUGAGGGGAUUUUGCGGUUUCAGUGUGAUUGAUAACAAGUCUUCAAAUACUCAUUCUCCAAAUAUUAAGCUCACAUGAUACUAGAAAGUGAUCCUGCUGUGCUUUGUAAGCAUGGUGUGAUAAAUUACUGCAGUUCAACUCGUACUGCCCCAAAAAUGAGUGAUUUAUUGUCGUUGUGUAAACUGAGAAAUUGUAGCUCAGCCUGGAAGGGGGGUGGAAUGAGUGAUAAAUUCAGAAACCAGAGUGAUCCACACUCUCUAGGUCUUUAAUUGUGUUGAUGGUAAGUAUUGAGUAUAACUGUACUGUUAAUGACCCCUGUAGUGCGCUGACAUUUCCUCUCCCAGUUCUCUCUCGCUGUUGGAUGAGCGUGUUUGCUACGGAUACUCAUGUUGUUAGUUUAGGGAAGAAGACGGGAACAGACUUGAGACUUUUAAGCUUUUAAAGUGAUACUGGCUAAGCUGGAAAAAUAUGCAGAAGUGGGGGGUCCAUUUCUUUAGAAUUCAUCUUCAGAGAGUAUAUUAAAUUGGAAUCAAAUCACUUCAGAUCAUUAUUAUAAGACUGGGAUGGAUAAGUUGUUUUUGAGUUUGCAGAAGUCCUUCUGCGUGAACCUUUCAGGAGUGUUGUUAAAUUCGCUCUGCUCUACACUGAUCACAUGGUGGCCCUGUCGAACAGGUUUGUGCAUUAACAUGAAUAUAUCAAGAGCUCAUUCUGGUCACAGAGCCUUCAUUCAGUGUGUCUUCUUGACUCGAGCAUUUUGAUAAUUAAUCUAUAGCAGUGAAAUGGUACAUACUGUUAGAGUGCAGCAUGUUGGAAAGUGGGUCAUUCAUUCUGCAGCUAUGUCCUAUAGCUUCAGCUCACCCACCCACACUCCAGCCACAGUUUGCUCCAUGUGUGUGUUUGAUAGGAGGUUUUAAAGGUGAAAGGGUUAUGGGUCCAUGGGAAUAAGAAAGCAAAUGAGCAAUUAGAUUUCUGCAUUACCUCAUUAACUAGACCCUCAACCAGCAAAUGUUAGAAUAGAGGGGUUGGAGAGCCUGUCCCUCAAGCUGGCAUCCAACUUUGUCCCCUUGUCAUUUCCUCAGCGGGGUGACAGUGUCAUGCUGGAGAGUCUGCACAGUGGCUGGAGGGGGGUUUGUGAUGCAGCCUUGUUAUAUAAUGCUGGACUGUGGACAGCUGCGAGGUUGGCUCCAGCCUGGCUGCUUGCCGGGGGGAACUGACAACCAGUACAAAAGGAAAGAAGCAAACAGGAUUUAUCCAAGAAUUUAAAGAUAAUAGGGUUGCAUCCGAACAGGAUCUCGGACAUAUUGGCUAUAUAUUUCUUUUCUUCUGUUUCCCUUUCUUCACUGCAGUCUGUAGAGUCCUAGACCUUGGCAGCAGAUAGAAGGAAAAAAAAACAUGUCCUUUACAGAUCUGUGAGGUAUAAAAAAAACAGUUAAUUGGCUGUGGAAAUAUUCAGGAGAGAAGAAAAGACAUGAGCGAUAAAACAAAGUGAAUGUCCAGUGGGAAUAUAGAUCAAUGAAGAUCACACGCUGAGAUCAAUCGGUCUUGUGUAAGGUCCUCUUCCCUCUCUGUCUUGGCACUCUUCCUCCAUGAGUGGCAGGAUAUCAAUUCAUCCUCUGAUGACCUCAUGUAAUAGAUUAGAGCCUCUAUGACCCGGCGUGCCACUCAUCUGCUCAAGAGUGUGCUGAGAUGCUUAAUACGGGACUGACAUAUAGGAUUGGCUGGCGGAGGGGGCAAUCCUGUCAACUGAGAGCGAGGGCUUCUCUGAAUAAGUGAAAUGGAGACGUCUUAAUAGAGGAGGUGAGGCUGUCCUUCAUUUCCAGUGCUCUGAUAGACAAGAACUGAGGGCAGACACUUCUGCUUUCACUGCCCUAGAGACCAAGAUCCAAAACCUCGUCUGCAGGUUUUGAACAAUACAAAAUAGGGGUGUCCAGAUUAAGGCUGCACGAUAUUGGAAAAAACUAACAUUGCGAUUUUUUUCAACCCUGCGAUAUAUAUUGCGAUAUUAAAAAAUACAGGAAUUUUCACCAGAUGCUCUAUAUAGCACCUUAUACUAUGCUGCACUGCUGAAAUCUUGAGGACAGUUAACCUGCAAUGAGCUUACCUCUUUUUGUGAAUGUUAGUAGAACGGCUUCUAUCUGUCUCAGAGAUAUUUAUUUGUGCUGGGAUAUUAUUGUGGCAACAGAUGAACACAGAACACGUAUUUUGGUCGACAUCAUCCAUCUUGUAACCAAAAUAAUUCCAGAUAACUGACUUUCCUUUUCUUUUUGGCAACAAGUCUUCAUCUUCUGCGGUUUUCUCUGUUUGUUGCUCAGUUUGCGAUUGUUGUUGUUGUUGUUGUUACUGGGGUUGUGCUAAGAAACGCAUGUCCUCCGAGAAUUGCAUGCACCUCACAAAACGCGCACUGCUUAUAGUAGAGUGGUCCAGGGAAAUGUACAAUUUAAAACCCAUACAGUUCUUAUUUGUUGGGCUAAAUAGUGAUGAAGAAUGUUCCGAAAGUAAUUCUCAGGGGACACGCGUUUCUUGGCUCAACUCCGGUAGCGCCAGCGACUCCAUGUGCAGGGGGGGGUUUCCUCCUCUCUGAUUUUGAUUGACAGCUGGCGGGGUAGUCUGAUUGGUAACUGAGUAAAGAACAAAGGUGAUUGGUGGAUCGCUGCACAGCACAUGCAGAGUCACAUGGAGUCUACCUCAGUCAGCUACUCUUGAAAUUAGAUGAGUUCAUUCACCUCCAACAUCGCAGGCUCUGCGAUGUGACUAUUGCACACACGUACAUCGCGAUGACGAUAUUCAAACGAUAUAUCAUGCAGCCCUAGUCCAGAUACAAUAUUGACAUCGGCCCGAUAUCAACAAAAAAUCAAAUAUCGGAUUAUGUGGGCCUGCAUCUAAAAUCUCUGAUAUCAGCACUCUGAUACAAGCAGUCUAUUCCAGACUCAGCUUCAGCACCUGAAUCCAGCACGCAGAGCCCGUAUGAGCACAACAACAUUGUGUCCGAAGGAGACGUUGCAGCUGAGUGCAAAAUUUAUCAUGCACAAGUUUGUGCCAAUAUUGGAUCAAUAUCGGUAGGCUACAAUAUCGGUAUUAUACCAAAUAGUGGUCUGACACUGGUAUUAAAUAAUCAUCCGUGUGCACCACCACUAGAGCACAGACAAGACGCCUUUUAUGCUGAAACCUUAACGUCGAAGAUAAAAUGUAACAACUUUGCAAAAAUUGCAAGUAGCAGUAGAACUUUUUUGGCACAGUGAGCAUGAACUACCUCCAAACAUCUGACACUUACGCUCCCUCAUUCUUCAAGCACCCAGCACCCUGCUGCUGAUUCAUGCUGUAAUACUGGAACAUUAAUAGAGUGGCUCAGUAUUGGCCCUGAGUGUUAGUAUUGUAUCUGCUAAGGCUUCAUUUCUUAUUUAUAUGAAGGUCAGUUACUUUUACUUCAAAAACAGGAUUAGAAAACUGUGUUACUUGAUUUUAGAUAACUGAAAUCUCCUUGUUUAGGAGUAGGAAACUUGAGUGGUAAUAUUUGCAUGCAUGCAUCUCCAAACCCACUCCUGAAGUUACACAUCCUGCUACACGGGGCAAAACUGGAUGUUAGAUAAACACAGAAGAAGACACUAAUUUUAAUCUCAAGUCUUUGUGCCGCACUUACUGACCAUGAGCAGUUGUAGAGCUCUGUGUUUGACCUGCUCUAGCCCUGAAUCCAGCUGCCCUCCAUCCUACACAUGACUCAACAGAGGUCCCACUGUUGGAGCUAACCACGCUGACAUCAGUACCUUUCAUAACUACCCAAGGCUGAUGGCCGGGCAGUCUUUUCAAAGGUGCGUUCAAGGUCAUCCGUAUCAGAGAUGACUGUCUGGUCAUGAUUGACAUUUUGGGUUUUUUUGGCACCACGACAGAGGACAUAAUCUUGUUGGAAAUAUCUGUUUAUCAGACAUGAGGAUUUGAUUCUGUUCUUAGCAGACUGUCUAUGUUAAAAAAAAAUAGAAGCAGAGUUGCAUAAUGUUACUAUAAAGUAAUAUUCUUCAAAAGCCUCAUGUGAAGUUCACACAGGUAAUUUAGUGUGUUUUUGACGUGUCUUAAGUUCACUGAAAACCUGUCUAGCGAGUCAAUAGAAAAAAAAGCUGCAGGGGAUUUGAUAGACAGGAGCUCAGUGUUUCAGAGGUCCACCCCCUGAUGGAUCAUUUUUGUCUGGACUGGUCUCAGCUAUAAUUUCUUUCUUUUUUUCACAUUUUUAAAUAGAAAUUAGUGAUCAUUUAAUAUAAAUUUUUAGCCACUUGAAAUAAGUAAGAAAAUAUACAUAAAAUAUACAUGGUAAAACUGCUUUUUUCUAUAAAUUAGAAUAGAAUUUAUGUAAAACCCUUGCCAGUGACUGUUCGAGGUUUAAUAUGCUGUCAUUGGGGAUUGAAAGAUAGCGGCUCUAUUGGCCUUUUGAGGCCCAAUGUGAUGCCAACAAUAUCAAAAUGCCAGUUUUUGGCCUAUUAAUCAAUCUAUCUCUAAUACAAAUGUCUAUCUUAAAAUGUUUCAAUGCAGUGUCACCUACGUUUUUCCUUUUGCUCCUGUUUUUUAGCUUGUUCUUGGGUCUAUUGUCCAUUUGGAUCGUAUUUUGGUUCCCCUUUGUCUCAACUUAAUUUGAUUAUUUUCACUUGACCUCUGCUGUGACCCCUAAGGGGGGAUCCACUUAAAGGGGUGUGUGCAUUUUGAGUUGGGGGGGAGUAGGUUACUCUUAUUCAAACAAGCUGUUGCAACAGGAAAUUGACAGCAACCCACAGGUAGAUGGUUAGCACUUACCAGAACAGCAGUGGUUCGAGUCCAAACUUGGAUCCCUCUGUCAGGCUGCUCUUUGUCCAUCCUGGCCUUUUUGACUGAGUACACUACAGAGUGAGCCUGAACCAAUAACACUGAUUACAUUAAGUGGGAUGAUCUGAGAUGAUGAUGAUGAUGAUGAUGAUGGUGAUGAUGAUGAUGAUGAUAAUGACCAGAUUAUACAAAGAACACAUUCCCGCUUUACUGCUCAUAUCUCAGAAUUUCCACAGAUAAAGUGCUAAUUGUAAUCUGAAAUAAUGGAUAGAGACCCGGAAAGGCGGGGUAGAAUUAAUUUAUACUUUUUAAGAUCUUUUAAAGGCAAAACUUCUUCCAUUUUUCCAACAGCAGCAAAAACACUCAACACUAAGAUAUUUUUGGAAAACCAAGAUGUGCACUGCACCGAAAAGGAGGCAGCAGAAGAUGUGGAGUGGUGAUUACAGACGUCUGGAACUGCUGAAUCAUCGCCUGCUCUUUGGCUGAUUCUUUCAAAGCAGCAAACUGUAAAAUACAAACAUCUCAAACAAGCUUCUUUGUCUUUUAAUCCUCAGUUUAUUGUUAAACAGAGCGUGAAUACAUCAAUUGUUUAACACAGGUCACUCAUCCAUGGAGAGGCGCUGCAUUUAAGAGCCCCUAAUGUAGUUCUAAGACAAGUAUGGUUAGCAUCCUGGAAGUGCAAAUCGAAAUACACAACUAUGAUUAAUGCAUGACUAUCUUUUCUCCUUAUUUUUAGUCUGCACUUUCAUUUUUGUCUGAUUUGAUCUGGUGAUUUUUUCUUUCCCAUAAACCAACUUAGGGCUGGGUGAUAAACCGAAAAUUUACCUGUCCUGAAAUUUACGACAAUAACCGUAAAUCCAAACAAUAAAUAAAUAAAAGUCGGUUUUGGUUGUGUGUAGGUAGGCUAUGGUCUCAUGUCUUUUUAAGACACUGUCCUACGUCAGAGACAUGACUCCACCACAUCCAGUCUGUAACAAAGAGCGAAAGACGGGUGAGGAGAUGUAGGAGGGUUCAAAAGUUGUAGUGGCUGGAGCGGUGGUUGAAGUAGACGAAGUAGCAGCUUGUGGAGUAGUUAUCGCCAAUUAUCGUUAUCGAGGUGAACUGCUCAAUAUUUCAUGAUAUUGAUUUGAGGCCAUAUCACCCAGCCCUAAAACAACUGCUUAAUGUUGUGACAGGUGUAGACUCAGACUUGGAAAAAUAGGUUUACACCAACCUCAGUCAAAUCUAAACUCACAUCCAUCCAUCCAUCACUCAUUUAAAGUUAAUGCUAUAGUGUUACAGGAGUGCUGGAGCCAAUCACAGCUGGCAUAAGGUCAGGGGUGGAUGAUGCACAUGUUUGACAUUCAUAAGUUGCACUAAAAAGCCAUUUUUUUCAUGGAGUCUAAAGAUGCGUCGCUUAUUCCCUUGAGAGAUCAUAACUUGAAACAAAACCUUUAUCACUUAUAUUUCAAGCUGAGCCCUGCAUUACUCCUCAAAGCAAAACAAUUGAUUGAAUCUACACUAACAGGGCGUGUUUUGGGUAAGCCGUUAUCUGUCGGAAUCUUGUAGGGUGUUUGCCACACUGUGGCUGUGGCAGGGGAUGGUUUUCUAACACAUGGUGUUUCAAAGCUAAAACAGUCAGUGCAUGUUUGAUAAGGAGAUAUGACCACACAGUGUUGAACAGAAUAGCCUUUGCUCUCUCCCCAGAUAAGUGUUGUCAUUUCCAGGAUAUAAACCAGACUGAGUCAUAUGCAGAUUAGUCAGGCUGGGUGUUUCUAAAGUUAAUCUGGCCGGCAGAAACUGGGCUCUGAUGAAUGAACAGGAUAGUAUGUCUGUGAGAGCUGCUCCACCUAGCUUUUUUUAAGACAUAUUUUUGAUGCCUGUAGAACAUACGGCGCUUCCUCUCAGUCACAAUUUGUCAUCUGGUUAAUGUGCAGUUAGACAGGAAGCCGAUGUAACUUGAUACUCAGAAGAGGACUGUGUGACUAAGGCUGAUGAAACACUUUGAAAUAAUCAAAAAAUAAAAAAGUUCUGGAACAUGAAAAGUUUCUGCCGUUUCUUAAUGUAACUUUAAUUCGGGUUAGUUUUAUGCUUUGAUAUUGUGAAUCCUGGGUUUGCUGUUGCUGAAGAGCAGGAAAGGAAGCAGAUUUGCCUCUGUUUUUUCAGUUUCUCUCAAUAUUCACUGUAUUAAAAAAGCAAAAAAAGGGGGGGUUACAGGUAGGACCAACAUCAAGUCCUCAUCGGCCCAGCUUUAUUUACUAAGACAGUCAAUCUGUUUGGUUGGUCUGCCAGAGGGAGUGCACUGUCUUCACGUCCACACCAUUUCUUUCUCCUCUUCCUCCACCCCCUCUUCCUCCUGCUGGGAUCAGUGGUGUUGCAGAGUCAUCUGUAUGCCUGAGAUUGAAACAGGGAGAGAAUGAUUACAAGAGGGAACGUUUGUGUCCUUGUGCUCGUGUGUGGUCAUUUCCAACCGCAGCCACUUCAAUAUUGGUAGUGACAGUGGUGAAUAUUAAUGUGUAACUUUGCUGCAUUCUCACAAAGGGCAGGUAUACCAGCUCUUCUUAUUUAUAUGGUUGAGAAUUGGUUUUUGUUGUGACAAAAACGUGAAUCCUUUUGGAAAAAUCUCAGGGUGAAGAUGAUUGAAUGUGGUAAAAAAAAGCAAAAGGAUAAAAGAAAAACAAUAUUUUCAGUCCCACUCUGAUCGUUUUUUAAGUGUUCUCAGUGGUCUUUAAAUUGUGAUUAUCAAGUUUUUAGCCAAAAUCACGUUACCUGUGUCAUUUUCAAGGGAUUUUCUUCUGCAGAGCUCCUGUAGCUCAUUAGUAAUUCACCUCUGAGUCGUAGGCGGAGACAGCGCUGCUCUGUACACUCCUCUUCAUGCUAGCUUGCAGCCUGCCAGUGUGGUAGAAGUAGCAGGUAACAUAGGAGCUAUUCAGCUCUCUGACACCAAUGUCUUUAGGGACAUGAUGAAAGUUAAUAUCAUAAUUAGCUUUCUUACGAGCUAAUUUUGUAAUAUUACGCUAACGCUAACAUACAUGUUUGUUCCGCGAUCGCCUUCUCUAUUUCCCCGAGUCUGGCCUGCAUAGCGGGGCUCUGGAGGUGGAGCUUGGAUUUGCUACGUAGGAAAUCUCACUGAAUCUGAACCUGUGGUUUAGUCCUGCCAGAGAUUCACAGUGAUUUGAAUGCAGAAAUACUCAGAAAUGCAAUUUUGUGCUUAUUUUUCUCAUGAUAGCAUCAGAAAAAUGCAAUAUGAACAUGUAAACAACAAGAAAAACAUGAUUUUCAUCGAAGUGGGUCUUUAAAAAUUAAGCCUGUAUGUCAGAAAUACUUGCAGUGUGCUUUGUGCUGGUUGAAAGAUUGUAGCUUGGCUAAAUGUUUACCAUAUAGACUGAAUGUAAUACAGAAACUUGAUGCCAAAUGCACAAUGGAUUAUGAACCAAUAUAGCUUAUUAAUCUUUUUUGGUAGGCUCAUGAGGACAAGUAAUCAGAUGGUUCCACUUAGCUUAUUUACAGAUAUCAGGAAUUAAGCCAUAGUGCAGGUUUUUGUACUAGGGUGGUUUAUGAGGACCCCCUGGAAACCCGGCUCUGCCAAAGAUUCACAGAUGGUGCCAUUUUCCUGCCACAGAUGGCAGAGGAAGUGGGAAUAUUUGGCUUUAAGCACAGGUUCUGAGUGGUUAUGUAAAUGGAGAGGGCUGUGAUUUAGAGUUUAAUUGUCUUGUUUGAUUUCAAUGAUUGUCCAUUAUGAGUUGUUAGAACACAACUUGCGGCUGGAACAUGCAUACAAAAUUUAUCUGGGCUUCUGCUGCUCUAGUUUGAUUCUUUCUUUUGUGCACUCGAGUAUAUAUAACGCGCCUCUAAGGGUGACCUGACCUUUAACUGUGGCAUGUACAAAAAAUUCACCAAGUCUAUCACAUCAGACUCCUCUCUUCAUCACAUAUUGUUAAAGAUGUUUUAGAUAAUGGCUGUUCAUCCACAACCCUGCACAGAUGCUGCCGAGGCCAUCUGCCUUGUUUGUGCUGCAGAUGUUGAACUCUCUGUUCUUCGUGCUAGAAUGUCCUUGUUCACUCCGUCUGUGACUGAGUGUGUGUUUCCCUCGGGCUUCUUUCCUCGGGCAGGUUACAGUGCGAGUGCAAGCAUGUCACUCAAAAAUUCCACACACACCAUUUUCAUGCACAUACAAACACUCUUGCAGUGCAAGCGUUUCCUUUGCAGCAUCAGUUUGUGUCCCUGCAGCUGCAACAGAAAACACAGACUGUCUGCUCUUGACAUUUUCACUCUUUAUUUAACUGGGUUUUUUUAUAGCUUGGUUAAGGAGAGCUCUAUGUCUUUAUGUGUUCUGUAAUCCAGAGCAUGUUUUUGGCACCAUGAUGUAUGGGUGUAGUGGUUGUAAAUCACAGUGAAAGGCCUCAGUUAGCCUCAAGAGUUUAGUCUAAAAUGUGACUUCAGGAAUCUGAGGUUUAGGGUACAGGAGUCUCAUGCAAUCCAAGCUUUCUCUCUGCCUGGGGUCUCUGGUCCAGCAGUCCUCAUCCUCUGAGUAUCCAUUUGUAUAUUUAUGUUUUCUCUGAAAGUACACAGAGUGUGUAUAGGGGGGAGCAGGCUGGGCUUUGCUCUGACUUUUGAGUGAGGGAUUUUAUUGGUGUUCUCUGCACUGAGUGUGUUGCAGGCUUGAGAGAGAGAGAUAGAUGAGGACUUUGCAGUGUGAAAUAUGAUACUGCACAGUCAACUCUCCCCUGGAGCUGGGAAAAUGUGAGGGAGAGACUAAGAAGCCAUGAUGACAGAGAGGGACUUUAUUGAUGUUGGGUCUCUAUGAAAGAGAAGAGGAAUACUCUAGAGGUACAAAUGAUCAUUUAUGAUCCACUUCAAACUUGUGAAUUAUUGAGGAAAAAGAGUCUUUUCGAACAGCAAAAUCUUAACAUUUCAUGCUGGUUAAGACGAGAAAAGAUAAGAAAAUGAAGAUGGACUGAGAAACUGAAGUGUGACUCUUCAAGAUGAGUCUUGCAAACAUACCCUUGUUUAAAAACAGCCGAACAUCUUAAACAGUUGAAAGCUUGAAAGGCUUAAUCCCUCUUUAUCAGGUCUUUCUGCAACCAUAAUCUGACAGUCUGACCAUUUACGCCGACUCAAUGCUAAACCAAAUGUUUAUUUAUUCUUCUAUACAGCUGCAGAAGCUCUGACUGAGCCUCUCAGCUAGGAGCAAACACCUUUUUCCCUCAUAGCACGAAGAAAAAAAAAAUAGUUUGAAAAGCCCCAGUGCCUUAGUAGAGAAAGAAAAUCCAACUGAAAGGAGAUAAAUCAGCCUCAGGGACAAUGUGUUUUGGUCAAAGUUUGCUUGUCAUUGUAGGAAAAUGUGAAAGUGAUCAGAAACUGAAAAGGUGUGCUUUUUCUCCAGUUCACUUAGAGUCAGGCUAUCGUUAAGUUUUGCUCAAAUUAUUAAAAGUUUACAGGUUUAGAGACUUGGAAUGAAAGAAAUACUUUAGAAACAUGCGUGUUUGCAAUCUGAGUAUCAAAAAGCGAAGUCUUUGUACUCAAAACACUUAGUAACUCUGAGUGAAAUCAAAGCAGGUGAUUCAGCCCAAAAACUAUAAAGCCCUACAAAGCCAUUCAGUCGGUAGCUAAUGGGGAAAAACAUGUUCAAAUUACCAUCGUAAUAACUUCCUGGAGCCGUGACAUUCUUACUUUGUGGUCACCGUAUAAUCAGGGUUUUAUAAUGCCAGAUCCUUUUUAGCCGGACUAGAGCAGGUCAGGAAGUGGAUGCAAAUUGUCGGCACAGGCUGACCCAGUUGUCAACAGCCUUGGCAAGGUGUUUGAGAGGAUCACUCCUUUAAUGUGCCUUUUUUAGACGGAUGCUAAGGUGCAGAUGAGGAAAGAGAGAGAGAAAGAGGGAGAGAGAGAGAGAGGGUGUGUUCUCAGUUCAGCGUGCAAUCCAAUUUCAUUUGAGUACUUGUUCAUGUUUGUGUGUGUGUGUGACUGUUGGAUGGAGGUGCACACAUAAGUGAGUGUAACUUUGAGUGCAUGCUUUUGAUUGUGUGAAAAGGUCAGACAUUUGUGCAACAAGGGAGUCGGGUUGGUAAUCGGGGAGAAUUAAGGUCAGCGUGUAUGUGCGUGGCUCUGAUUGUCAGCAGGCUGGUACUGGUGGCACUCAGAUCAGGCUGAAAAUAAAACAUAAGAAGAAACUAAAUUGAACUAAUUCAGCGUAUGAUCACAACAAAGAAUGCAAGUGUUCACACAGCUUUGUGUUUGAUACACUAUCGGCUGUUGAGGAAGUCGAAUAAUGUUCCCUGAGGAGAAGUGUCGCAUGAGUGGAAAUUUUGUAUGGCAGUAAUCAGCUUCAUGCUUGGCAUACUGCGUGUAUGAUUGAGCCUCAUUUUACUUUCAAUUCAAGGAUUAUAUAAAGGAAUGGGAUUUUGGAGAUAAAUGAUAAACACCUCUGUAUGUCUGAUUUUAUAAUAAAUAAUGUAAAGACUACUUAAAGACUGAACCAGAAAACCUGUUUUGGACAGAAUAAACAAAACUGGUCCUUGGUGUAAAUGUAACCACUUAUUUGCCUAAGAUUAUAACCUGAUGAAAAUUUAAGGCCACAGGUAUCUACAGCAGGAAUGUUCCAAUUGUGAAACAGUAGGAAAAAAAAAACAUAUAAAAUUGACAACAAUCAGUUUGGUCCACUUGCUUCAGCAUUCGCAUGUCUGUGCAGGAGUGUAGGACAAGGAGUGUAACACUACACAACAAUUGCGGUCUGGUAUGCACAGAAACAGACAACAUAGAUGUCCAUCCAUCAGUCCUCAGAGCUACAGCAGAUGCUGUGCACAGCAGCAGCUUUUGAGGCUUGGUUUGACUUUAUGGAUUUUGUAUCAGGGCACUAUUACCUUAAACAUGCAGUUAAAUCCUGUGCUCUACACAUGUGAAUACGGUUGCGGAUCUGCAUAAAAACUCCAGUUGUGUUUGUCAUCGCUUUAGUCCAUUCAGAGUUACCAGGUAAAGGCAGCUGAGUUUGGAGAACAGUGGUUUUUUUUUAUCUUUGCAUCUGUACUGUACCACUUCAAAUGUAUUCAUAAGUUUGAUAUGUUGUCAGCAAUGAACCUGACUGCUGACAAACAGAAUCAGCAAACUACCUUCGAUUUAUCUACCGUAGUGUUCCAACACAGGAGAUCUUUAUGUCAGUGGAGGAUCUUCUAGUUCUUGCUUGUCUUGUGUUUAGCCGAAUGCCAUGUGCACUAGGGCUGGGCGAUAUGGCCUCAAAUCAUUAUCACAAUAUAUUGAGCAGUCCCCCUCGAUAACGAUAAAUAGAUAAUAACUACUCCACAGGCUGCUCACCCCUCCCACAUUAACUUUGUCUACUUCAGCCGCCGCUCCAGCCGAUACAACUUUUGAACCGUCCUCCAUCUCCUCACCUGUCUUUCCUUCUUUGUUACAGACUGGAUGGGGUUUGAGUCACAUCUCUGACUUAGGACAGCAAGACCAUAGCCUACCUACACACAUCCAAAACGAACUUUUAUUUAUUAGUUUUUUUGUCGUAAAUUUUGAUAUUGGUAAAUUUUCGGCUUAUUAACCAGCCCUAAUGUGCACCGUACAGGAAGUCCUGUACUUAAUAGGUCCAAUAUGAAUAUGUGUACCUUUACACCUCUACUUGUUAUAGAUUGCUUUGGUCAAGUGGUUGCAUAAACCCAACACAGCCUGUGUGCAACUCCAUCUCCAUUUUCUUCACUAUUAUACAGCCGUACUGCACAACAUCAAGAGAUGCUGGCUACAGAUGGGAAGCUGUGCUACAGCUAAGACACAUUAAAUAACCAACAUUUCUAGCUCGAGUGAUAUAAACAUUAAGUUAAAGUUUAACCGACUUGUAAUUGUGGUGCCAACUUGUAAGAGUGACUGUGUUUUUGUAAACGUCUGCCAUAUUUGAAGCUGAAGAUUACAAAAGCCUUUUUUGUUCUGAAAACAAAGCUGCCUGAUGCUCUGUCAGGUUGCUUUUCACCCAAAGCUUGAUGAGAUUAUAUCCGUUCUGGUGCUGAUGAGCGAGUGUGACAGCGUUUAAUCAUUGAGCCGACUAAUGCAUAUACAUCCCUGAUUUACAAAACGCAGUAACCUGAAUGUCUCAUGUUUACAUUUUUUAUGGGCAUAUGUAUGUAAUAAGUCUGUUAUUUAAACACUGCAUGUACCUAGAAAUAGAAGUAAGAGUUAAAUGUGUAUUUUUCUAGAGAGAUUCAGAACCAGCAACCAUUUUCUUAGUAGUAGUCGUAGUAGCACAGAGAUCCUAUUUUGAUUGUGUUUCUUUAGAUUGAAUCAGACUUUCAUUAUGUACUGCUUGUUGGUCUUGGCCUUGGUGUUGAAGACAUUAUGUUGGAUCAGUCAUGGGAAAAUAGAAUUGUAGUAGUAGUAGUAGGGAAUGGGGGAAAACUACAGAUCAAUAACAAGACUGCUUUGGUUGCUGCCCACCAGAUAGAGAGAGAAAAGAAGAGUGAGGAAGGGAGGAGAAAGGAGUAGGAGAGGGUGAGAAGUAUGAAAAGGCAGAGGAAUGGAGGUGUAGAAGAACUGAGAGGGCACUGUCUGUUCUGCAGCUAUAGGCUAUUAGCACCUACAGUUGGCGGUUAUCCUGAACAGUGAGAGCUGCAGCCGAAUCCCAACAGCCCAGUCACGAAGCAGGGGAGAGCUGAAAGACACUGAGGAUUGACAGGCAGUGGAAGUGGAAGUGAAGAGAGUGAAGAUAUAAAGCCAUACAUAUUGCAUGUACAUGCCUCAGUGAAGCUACAAAUAUGCUCCUCCUGUCUUCAUUUUUAACCUGUGCAUAUCGCAGCAUUCCUGCUCUCUGGGAGGUUUGAAAAGGCUCUGUGGCAGCUUUCUCUCCGGUUCCUUCAAACAGAAAAAUUCACCUCUCUGCUGACUGGGUGGUCUCUGUUUGCACCCACCACACUAGUAUUAUUUUCAGGACUGAUCUUGAGCUCUUUGGUAUAAAUCUGAGACAACAAAGACUAAUAUCUUAAACCAUUAGAUUAAACACUGAUUCAGUGGUUUCUCACCCUAUGUUGUACAACAUACAUCCUUGCAUAUCUAGAUUGUCAACAUUAGGGGCAGGAGAAAAAAUCGAUGCAGCAUAGUAUUGUGAUAUUUUGUCUGGUGAUAUAUUGUAUCGUCUCAUUUACCAGGGAUCGAUUUUUUCAAAUUAAAUGCUAUUAUGAGGUCAAAUCAAUGAUAAUGGAAAAAUAAGUUUGUCCAGUAAAGUUGGUAGAGGUGACAUCAUAGAGCAUAAGAAACUUAGUACAACAAAUAUAUAUGAGGUUUGCAAGAUGUGCUAAAUGAAAAUAUAAUGUUGUGUAAAUAAGACUAACAUCAGGACAAAACUAAUGCUAAAUUAGCUAAACAGUUUAAAAAAUUGUAUAAAUCACAACAUAUUGUAUCCUGGCCCAUGAUACAAUAUAUUGUGUCACGAUAAUAUCGUAUGAUGACCCAAGUAUUGCAAUAGUAUUGUUUCAUGGUCCAAGUAUUGUGAUACUAUCGUUUUGUGGCACAAGUAUCAUGAUAAUAUCGUAUUGUGGCCCAAGUAUUGUGAUAAUAUUGUAUCGUAGGGGUCACUGGUAAUUCCCACCCCUAGUCAACAUAGUAGAUACUUAAGUAUUUUUCAGUACUGGAUGCCUUAAACAUUUUUUUUAAACGUUUAAUAGCAUCAAAAAGUACCAAAGCUCACAAAUACAAUUCUGCGCUCAUCACUCUGUCACCACAUUUCAAGGUUCAAGGUGAUUUUACUUGUACAUGCAGGUAGAUCAAGUUUUCAGUGAGAAAGACAGUUCUGUUUUCACAAACAAGCAGCACAAGACAAUACAUGGCAAACAAAAGCAGUGACAUUGCUCAGUGCUGAGAGGGAAGCCCUCAAUAAAAACAAGAUAAACUGAGAUCCAAAUGGCUUCCAGUAAAAUAAUAAAAGGAGUAGAAAUAAAAUGUCACCAAGUUGAAUGUCCCAUCAGUAAAAGCAAGAUAAGAUCCUAAAAUAGUGGCUUCACAAGACAGAAUUAGCUUCUGCAGAAUCAGUGCUUUGUCAUUGUGACUUACUGACUUAAGCUGUUAAAAUAUCACUAUGUUUUAGCAAGGAUGCAGAUUAGAAAUCCACAACCAUUUAUGAACAACAUGCAGAAGUCUCCUGCGUCAAAAACAAACACUCUGAGGAGUAAAAGACACGUGCAAACCAGGGAUGGAGCAAGUGAUUCACAUCAGCUGAUUCAUGCAACUUUUUAAUGAAAACUAGACAUAUCUGUUAUUAAAUGUGGUACAAUCAGAUCAAUUUAAAAUGACAUAUUCUAUACAUUUAUAUAUUUUUCAAUAUGCUUAUUUUAUGUGCAUGAACCAAAAGCGUAUACUACUGCAUUGGAGAACAGCAGAGGAGUCGUGCAAAACAAAAAAGACAGAGGCUUUCAAAUCAAAAGUUUGGGAACACUGGGUUUUACAGAGAGACUUGGCAACUUGACAAGUUAGAUGCAAUUUACAAAAUGUGCUGUGAUGCUCCAAAGUACACAGGCAGCAUUAUUAUAAACCCACCUGAGGCAGGGACAUGGUGUAACUGCAGAGGUGCUGCUAGAAUAAUGUUCCUCAAUGUAAAAUUACACAAAAAAGUGAGGACUUAAUCAACUGCAGUGCUUAAUACCAGGAACAAUCAUUAGAGAUAGGAACAAUAACUAAAACUGGAUGGCUGUGAUGCUUGGCCAUCAGGGUCACUGCAUUAAAAACAGACAUAGCUCUGUGGUGAGAAUCUCCUCAUUGGCUCAAAAUCACUUCUGAAUAACCGUUUCUGUGAUUAAAGUUUGUUGCUGCUUCCAUAAAUGAAACCUUUUCACAAACAUGGUUUAGAAAUACUGGCUGCACAUUUUAGAUGUACUGAUACGCAGUGGAAGUAAGAUACAACAAAGAGAUGCAUGCAAGAAGUACAUUCUUUUGCGAUGGCAUGGCCCUGAAGUAGGAGAGUGCUUUUGCCUGAUGGUAGGGCUGCACGAUUUUGGCCAAAAAUUAAAUCUCAUUUAUUUUCUCUGAAAACUCGAAUUUAGAUUUAGAUUUUUUAUUCAGUGAGAACUUCACCAAACUUCAGAAAAGACAGAAGGGGAUGGUGCACUUCACUUCACCUUUAUUAUUUCCCAAAAAUGGACAAAUCGGGUUGCAGCAGGCACAGACAUUUAAAACACUGCCAUACAUCAUUAAAAGAAAAUAAAUCAAAUAAAAUACAUCUACAUAAAACAGUUCAGGAGGUAAAAAGCAUUAAAGAUUAUUUAGAAGGUAAAAAGAAAAGCAUAUGUCAGUCAUACCAGUAUUUUUGCAUGAACAGAGUGCAUAAGAUAAAAUACAGAAACAAAGUGCAAUGUGCGGUUUGCAUGCGUAGUAAGGUUGUCUUGGCUGGACACGCCCAGACUCCAUUAAAGAGUUAUGCCAUGUGUAACAUAAUUGUUUCCAGAAAUGCAGAUAGGCAUCCACACAAAGAUGAAAUGGUAGUUGUUUACGGAUUUAUGCACUCUCGGUGGCCUACGGUGGCCUGGAAGUGUGAGACAUGAUAGAGGGGAGAAUCAAUUUGACGAUUUAAUAAACUGAUUACAAUUUUAAAUCAAUUAAUCGUGCAGCCCCUACUUGAGGGGUUGAAUUAUUGUAUUGCAUUGUGCAUUAUGACACAGUGGAGACCCCAAGGUGAAACUAUAUAAGACGAGAAUGGUACAUUUAACUGUAAAAACACCAGAAAAUGUUGUCCUUGGUUUCAAAUAAUUGUUGUGAAAACAAGAGGUGAUGUGACAUAAUAGUAAAAAGAAAAUUUUAAUGUGUUACCCGCUCCAAAUUUAAAAUGGGUAUAUGCUGAAGAAAAAGGUCCUACUUUCAUUUGAUUAAUAAAUGGUCAAACUCACUGAGUUUUUGAGGAUCAUUGCUUCACAUUGUUGAACCACGUUGUAUUGUAUCACAAUGGUAGUUACUGCAUGUGUAUCUAUGCAUUAGCUUAUUUACACUUUAUCAUGAUGAGUAUCGUCUUGACCUUGCACCAGAAAUUCCUGACCUCAAUACAAACAUAAAAAUUUUUUUAUCGUAGAGGUGACAGAUGCAACUUUACAAGUACUUCUCAAUGUCAAGACGUGAAUUUCUCUUUUGAAUUUAGUGGAUCAAAAACAAAGAGGAGGAGCUUUUGAAUUGAACAGCUGUGGAGUUUGUUCCCAAUAAAACAAUAAAGCUUUCAAUCUUUGAAUCAUGAGUGACUCAUUGAGAACAUUUGAGGUGGACAACAUGACCAAGGGUGCACAAGCGGCCAUGACUAUAUUCUGAAGUCAAAGAAAGCACCUUCAUUUCUAUGAAUCACCCAUUUCCAAACAUGCUCCUGUUCUUGUUUACCUGAUAACAGUGUUGACUCAGUUGUGUGUGUUUGAAUGUAUUUAUGUGAUUGUGCAUGUGUACAGAGGUUAUGGCUGGAUGAGCAAAGAUCAUAAAUGUUCUUAUCGAUGGUUUGGAGGUAUUCCAGGAAAUGGUUGAACAAGGUUAAGGAGAAAAACAAAGGAGACGACAUGUCUAAUGCAUAUCUGCCAUCUUUGUCCAUCACCUCAGGUAAUUAGUAUUCAUGCUGUAUUCACUGACACUUCAUGCUGAGAUGGAUGAAACCCCCCUCAGGCUCCACACAUGUGCGCGUGGCUUUAAGUGUUAGAAACAGGUGCACAUUUCACGAUUUGCUCUUUGUUUACAUUGCUAGUGGCAGCGAGGAGGGUAAAGUUGGUGUGUGUGUGUGUGUGUGUGUGUGUGUGUGUGUGAGUGUGUAUGUGUGUGUGUUAAGCCUCCUGUUGAAGGAGUCAUAAUGCUGGCAACACCGGCCCCUGUGGUGCAGCCUCUUCCCAACCUGCCACUUAGACUCCAGACUCUAGAGACCCUUAGACCUAGGCCUUUAAUGCAUGUACAUAUAUAUAUAUGUGUGUGUGUAUGUGUGUGACAGUUGUUUCUGUCACUUCAAAACACUGCAGUUGACCUGCAGAAGAGGCCUCAUAAUAAAGCUGCCUGCUGUCAGAGCAGAAGGAGGGGAAAACAGUGGAUAUGAAAGAAUUGCAAAGAAGGUAUGACGGUAAGGAAGCCAAGAAAUGCAGGUUGUAUGAAGUAUCUUAAUGACGCACAAAGACGUGCUCGGGUAAAUGCUAUUUUGCAAGGUUGUUUUGCAGAUAAAGAAUAAGCCUGCUCUAGUAGGGGGAGGUCAAGGUGAAAGCUGAGGUGUUUACAAGUCAAGGUUGCAGAGUAGUGGAAGAAUAAUAGUCAGGAGGAGGAGAAGAUCUUGGAGGUGGUGCAGGAGGGCUGACGUGAUGGUCAGUUAAAUCUUGAGGCUGGCCAGGUGCCAUUAGAUUAGCAGAUAACUGCACAGCAAUCCGAUUAAGAGCUAGUUUAUCAAACAGUGAUGUUGGGAGCACCAGAGUGGAACACAGGUGAAGGCCAAACGGCAUGUCCCAGGGCGACAAGCACAAGCAUACAUUCAGGCAUAGGCGUGCACGUGCAAUGUUUGCUAAUGUUGUUAAAUGCUUUCCUGUCCUCCCAGGAGUUUGUCCUUGUGAGAGGAUGUGCCUCCCCUCCCUCUUCUCCUGCCAGGCCCCUCCCUCCCCUGUCAGCUCACUUCCAGACAAGGGAGACAUUGAGGAGGAGGAAGAGAUGGAGGAGGAGGAUCACAUUUCCAAGAGUCAACGCUGCAGAGGUGAUAUAGGAGGCUGGCAGCCAGCUAUCAGUCAUAAGCGACUUCCUUUGCUUGGCUCGUGCCAAGCACCUCCACCGUCUCCUCCCCCCACUUUAGGUAUUGAUCUCAGACUGACAGGAACUGUGAUCGCCAGUGAGGUUGAGACUGUGUGUUUGCUUGCCAUCCUUUAUGUGAUACCUCUGUAUGUUAUGGCUGUCAUGUAUGUAGGGCCAUUAUCCUGCUUGUGGUAUCAGCUCGAUUGCUACAGCCCUUAUUGAUGGAGCUCUUGACUGGAAAUAAAUUGAAAUAGAGGUCUGAACUGUGGAAAUGUGUUAUUGACUAUGCCGGGGCCUUGAAGUGGAAUAUAUUCCUGCAGCCCCCACAUGCCUGCAGGGCCACAGCUUUCAGCAAAUAAUGACCUUGCAGGAUUUUAGAAAAUAUCAAGAACAUACCUUUUAAAAUCGAAAUUGUUUUUAACUGCGAAAUCUUCUUGGAAAUUAUACAUUUUUGCACAGUAUGAACUCGGGUCUUUCAGUCCUUGUGACUCAUACUGACAGAGUCUAGUUUUGAGGUACCCAUGGUGAAAAAGAGCUCAGAAAGAAACUCUAGAAUUUAGUGCUAAACUCCCUGAAACAACAUCAGUGUUUGUGAUGGCGUGUGCCCUCUCAGCUGUGAAAAUUGCAGCCCAUCAAAUAAAACAGGUGACUAUUUGCUUAACAGCACUCUGAGGAUAAACUCUCUUAGAUCAGCAAAGUUGUUAAAGCAAAAUGGUCUGGUUCUGAUCCCAAACUUCAGGAUAGAGCGAGAAUUUAGUUCUUGUUACUAUUGGAUGCCAAAAAGGACCUGACAAAGCUUCCUGAACAGCUUGCUAGAUCCUGUUAGUAACAGAUGCCUCACCUGUUUCAGUCCUUUUAAAAGUGCCGAAUUGAACUCUCAAAUCUUAGUCAAAUUUGAAGAAAAUACUCCUCAACAGAUUUUAUUUGCCCGACUUUAACACAAGCUAUUCAUCAAACCAUACACGUCAUAGUAUAUGUCUUUUCUUCAAGGCGUAUAUAAGUCAAAAGCUCCCCUUACAUUUGCGUGAUGUUUGAUUGAGAAGCUCUAAUUUGACUUCUGUAUCGAGUCACUCUACUCAUCAAUACCCCAGCACCUUUAAGCUGAUUCAUUCCUCGACUGAGAGUGACACCUGCCUGAAUCAGCCCGCGAUUUUCCCCUUUAGUCAUCCAUUAAAAAUUUAUUCCACUGUUGAUUAAAGCUCAUCCGUGUCAAGCACGCUGUGCUGUGCAUAAUACUGUAACAGCACUGAUAGCUGGGGUGGAAAAAUAAGCACACAGCUAUUCCCAUAAGCCCGUCAUGCCUGAGCUAGUCAUAUGACUAGAACAACUCCCACAUUAAGGUCAGAUUAAAACAGAAGUGCGGUGUCACCGUGAUCUGGAGUUUUUGGAUAUCUCCGGCUGUUUUAAUGAGUAUGUUUCUGGGAGGAUCUUGGACUCCUUUCCUCUCCUUGAAGUCAUCAAAAAAAAAACUCAAACAACCUUGAUUAUUUUCAAUCAUGAUGUGAGUGCUUUGUUUUCACGUCUUGCAUAAUUUGGUUGUUUUCUGCGUCAGCACACAGGAACUGCUGCUUUAUCUGGUCUUGGAGCAUGACAGAAAGUGAAAGAGGAUGUGCAGCGGGAAAUUGUUUUCCCUCUAGCCUUUAAAAAGCAGAAGCUAAAAGCUGAACAAUCAGCUGGAAAACGCAUCCAGUCAACUCUAUUUGUGUGUACAUGUUGUGUGUCUGAGGAGGAGAGACAUCUGUGUGGUAAUGGCUCACAUGGUUUUGUCUGUGUGUGUCUGACAAAUGGAUGUGGGAUGAUUUUAGACAGCGGGUCAUGGGGGGUACAAACAAAUGGCUCGGAUCCGGAACAAGAGUGCGAACAGCAAAAGCACUCAAUAAAAGUGAUGUGUGCAAAAAUCAGUGUGGGUUCAGAGGUCUAACAUAGAUGGUUGUCUGAUUUGAUCUGUGAUUUUGUGAAAGUUUGGGUGACUCAGUCUUUGUGCUGCGCAUGCUUGCAUUACGCUGACUCUGCACUUAUGGAGAGCAACUGAAAGAGAGAGAGAGAGAGAGACUCUGUGAAGUGCACUGAUGAGAGCUCUUGUAGUUUUUUUUACAAACAGCUGUCCAUCACUCCUUCCUCACUAGUGUGAUGUGAAGCAAUAGACCUGUGUGCAUGGAAACUGAUAUUAAACCUAACACAUUGAAAAGCACAUUAGAGGAGUGAGAGAAAAAAGUGUGAUCCUAAUUAUGUUCCAAUCUGUAUCUAUCUGAACAUUUCAAUGUGUUUCUUAUGAGCUCUUUCUCCAAAAACAGACUGAUCUCUGCUCCCUUUGUGUUUCCGUAUCUGCCCUUUGACACUGUGAAAAAUCAGCCACUGCGCUGUGCCGGAAAGAGCAUGUGAGCAAACACCCACAGCUCCAGCUACCUUCUCUCACACUCCCAUCGUCCUGUGUAUUGAUUCCUCUCUGCAUUUUCACACUGUUUGGGCAGAGUUAAAAGAGGAUGACUCAUUUUGUCGUGUCCAUUGUUUUCCUCGUGCACCGGCGGUAUACACUCAGAUUCGUGUCCUUCAAACCACCUCUGCACAGCUCAGGAACUGGAUGUAUUCGGCUGAGUGAGUGUACAUAGCUGCUUUCAGCUUUAUACCACUGUUACUGAGCUUUUCCUCUCUCAUCUUCAUCACAUCUCCACAAUGAAUGUAUUUCAUCGCUCUGCAGGUGCAGACAUUGCCCUUUUAUAGAUUCUUCAGCGAACAUUAAAUGCUCAGUGUCUCAUUUUGCCACUUUUUUAAAUAGCUAAAUAACACACAGACUUUUAAAUUAAACUUUGAAUAGCUUCCUGCAGCUCUCUCCUGAAAAGUAAGGUCAUGUUUAUUGUUUACGAUGCAAACUUAGAUAUUUAUGGUAUAAGAAUUCAUUAAAAGACAUUGUAAAGAACAGUAUAUGACAUAUGUCAAAACAGGGGGCGUUCAAGAAUUUGACUUUCUGUGUUCUUUAACUUUAAUCACUUUAAGUCAGACUGAGGAUGUUCCUUCCUCUCACUGUCCUUCAGUCACUGACCUUCCUUGAGUCUAAAUUAACAAAUGAAAGAAAUCGCCGAGUUGCUAGGCAACCAGGCCUUUUUAUUCACCCCUUUGUGCAACUCUCUUGACAUCUUAAGUUAAUGAAUUACAGAGGCAAAGUUAAAUGGGUACAAACAUAUAUUGGUGUUUUGAAUGCUGUACUUUGUUCAUGAUAAUCAGGUCUUUUUAGCACUUUAGUGUAACUUUGAGUUUAAGAUCAAUUCUACUGCUUAAAAAAAGGUGCUUUUAAAAACCUUCAUUUGUCGUAGCACUGUAAGGCAACAUGAUACCUCUUAGUUUGAGCAUUUCACUUCGACAGCCCCACAAACAGAGCACUUAGUCUUCAAAGUGACUGUAAAGUUCAACACUUGUCUUCCGCCCUCGCUGUGUGUGUAGGUGCACAACAACACAGCGAGCCAAGCAUGCUCCUGAGAAAGGUUGAAGACAUGGAGUUGUUUUCUAAGGUUUUUUCUUUAAGGUGAGAUGGAGAACUUCGCAGUGUUAAAUUUCCCCUCUGGAAGAGAAACUGAGAGUGUUUUGCCAAAGUUCAGGUUUGAUCAAUCAAUCAUGAAUCAAUCAAUUUUUACUCAUAUAGCGCCAAAUCACAACAGUCUUUAUCCCAAGAUGCUCUCCAAAAGAGCAGGUCUAGACCACACUCAUUGUUUGAUUUAUCACAAAGACCCUAGCUUAAGACGAGACAGAUUUGACCCAUUCCAUCUAACAUGAGUGACUGUGGUAAGGAAAAUAUUCCCUUUAACGGGCAGAGACCUUGAACAGGACCAGACUCGUGUAAGACAGCACCUGCUGCUGCUGAGUUGGGGGGAAACGGAGAGAGAGGCAGAGAGAGAGUGAGGGAGUGGGAAAGAGAGUUUGUUGCAUCAUGCUUUAAGUAAGUGUAGUCCAGCAUGAUAUUUCAGUGGGAUGAUCACCUUAAGAAAAAAUCUCGUUUCAUUGUGAUCACAACUCUAAAUAAGUUAUUGCUCAUGUGUUAAUACAUCUAUGAUUUGUAAACGAUUAAAAUAACGUGAAAUAGAAAAUGGCUUAAUGCUGAUGUUGGCUGUGUUCUGAUGUCAGCUAAUUAGCUGUCAAAAGUGGGAAUAUGGCUGAUAGCGUGACUACAUUAGCUGUUACUUGUGCAAGUAUUAGCUCAAUACAGUCCCUGAGUAGUUGAGAAUUUGUUUGACAGAUGCAAAUAGCAACCAUGCAAACUUUAGUAAAGGUGUUCGUAUGUCAGCUGACUACAUGUGCAUUUAUGCAUGUCUCCCCUGAUAGUCAGAGUGCACCUGACCAGAUGUAUAAGAGACAGAGCAUGCUGAAGGGCUGAUCCAGGUUGAUGUGUCACACUAAUGCAGGAACCUACAAUGACUGAAUGGACCUCUAUGAACCAGUGUGAACCUGGCCUGACUGUGUUAUCUUGGACUUACUCCUGAAAAUCAGGACUUGAGUUGUUGAUAACAUCUAAGAUAACAUUGAAUACUUUCGUCUUCACAGUUUAAACUCAUGUGGUUUUCGAGGAUUGAUGUCCUGAAAAGUGUCAAUAAUGUGUUUUUCACACAAGCCUUCAAUAUGAUUAUUCACAGUGGAUCUAUUUUUGAUUUUAUCCCAGGGAGCGGCCACAUCCCAAGUGCCCAGAGUUGGUGGACCAGCUCACUGCCGCUCAAUCAAUUUUUAUUUUUCUCUCUGCAGAAAAACCCUCAGUUCUUGAAAACAGCUGUAUGUAAUUCAAAACUCUGGCCUCGCCAUGAAAACAGUUGCUUUAGAGAUGGUCUGAUUUUGUAACCGUGCACAGAUUCUCUGGUUAAACUGUCUGUUUUGAAGCUCUUGAUUUGCCUAACCAGUGAUUAAACUAUCCCAUCUGCAGUGCACUAAAACUUUCAGAUACACACACCAACACUGACCUCAAUGAGAGGAGAUUUGCUUCUAUUUUAACAUCUGAUAUUACUAAAUAUUUUUUAACCAACGUUAUGCAGCAUGUUCUGUCCCAGCUUUCCCAGAAAAACGUAAUAAUUUUGCUGCUGUCACUUCUCCUGAUGAUUAAACAUGAGAAUAAGUGCCUAAAUAUGAUGAUAUGUAUGUAAUUAAUUAUUGAAAAAACAGCUCUGAACUUACUGUUCUUCAACUCUUUUAUCUGCUGCUGUGAAAACAAAUGAUUACCAACUUGCACAGAUUAAUGUUGGGCAAGAAGACUGUUGAGAAAAACUAUUCACUGGGCCAAUAAAACCAAUAAUCUCUGCAAACCGACUUUUGUUAGUGCCCCCUUGUCUGGCAUAACUUGAAUAUUACACUCAACAUAGACAUACAGUAGAUCACAUCCUCUUAUAUGUAGUUUCACAUGGCAGAGUUGAACAACGGAAAAAAGGACCCAAAUGCAGAACAAAAAAAUGAUUUAUUAAAAAGAACGAAAUAAAAAGCAACAAAAAGUUACUUCAAAAGCACAAGGAGAUAAAAUCCAACUAAAGACACCGGGAAAAAAACACCAGGAAACGAGGGAUUUGUGCAUAAAAGAUCAUGGGCAACAGGCAGACAUGCACACACAUCGGCAUACAAUGAACCAGCCAGGACAGAGGGGAAGACAGAGACUAUAUACAGAAUGGCAAACGAGCGACAGGUGAGGCAAAUGGGACACAGCUGAAACUCUGGGUGAUUAACGAAGGAGGGAAAUCUAGGGAAGUGAAACCAGUCUAGAAACACAGGGAAUCAACUACUACAAAAUAAAACAGGAAACACUGAAAACUGAAGAAGAACUAAAGAAUAAAACACAGAACAGGAUGGAAACAGGGUCAAACACAGACUGGAAACUCACAAGACUGGACUACAGGGGAACAGGAACAAUAGGGAACAGAAACAGAAGGGAAAAUACACAAAGAAAAUACUCUCAAAUAACAAAACCAGUGAAAAACUAAAUCAACAAAACAUGUCAUGACAUUUAGGACUGAUCAGUACCUUUAAUAUCUGAAAUUAAGAUCUAUUCUUGAAACCAAAAUCACAAUCACAGCGAAUCAUCCAAAAUCUACACUGUGUACAGAAGAUCUAUCAAAAUUAAAAACAUCGUCACUAAAUGUAGACCCAAUAACAUCCCUUCCCAAAUGAAAAGAGGAGAGUGACCUUCGUAUGAGACCUGGUGCAGAUUACUGGUCAAACAUCUGUCAGUGAUAUACAAUUGAUGAAGAAACUAUUAUCACACCAUGUGGCUUUCAACAUCUCUACCGCCAUUAAUAUUGUUGCUGUGUGUCACAAGGCUGAUUAUAAUGAUAGCAUUGAUCGUGAUGAUAGUGAUAAUGUGAAUGAUAAUGACAAUAGCAUUGGAUAUAGAGAUGGUUUGGUAUCACAUACUACCUUACCUUAUUUAUUUCUCAUGGUUUCCCCUUACUUUGAGGUUGCCUUUUUUUUGUCAUUAGAGCCGACAAAUAUCCCCUGUUUUCAUUAGUCAGGGUUUUAUUUUCCUUUCUUUUGCUGACACACACUAACUAACAAGCUAACAAAUGCUCAGCUGAUACCAGACUAAAAUCCUGUGUCUGAAUACACAAAUACACGAUACCUGCCUGCAGUCAACCCUUCAGCUCCACUCACUCCAACAAAACCUGAACUCCACUUGGUACCUGUAUCUCACUCCCACCACUGCUGCCCUUCUCUCUUCUUUGUGCCUUAUUUUUGUCUGUAACUGUUUCUCUUCUUUCUUUCUGUGCUGCUGAAUAUUGGCAAAUAGAAAAAAAUACAUGAUGUCCAGUUUCACAAUAUUUGGCAAGGAUGGCUUCUUAGUCUGCACAAAAUACUGUACGUAAGCUCUUAAGCUGUUACAUCAGUGUUAAUGUCAUAGGCUAAGCAUCUGUAGGAAGAAACAACAAAACACUUCAUCUGAAAAGGCUAAAAGGCUUCUCUUCUCUCAUGACAGAGGAAAGCCGAUCAGCACACUGCAUUGCUCCGCUCAGCCCUUCAUUUAAUCUCAAACACUUACUUAUUUCCAAUUUUCCCAAUUGUUCACAGCCAGUUGCUGGUGCAUUAUUUGUCCUGGCUCCUGUGAUGUCUGAAUAUUUGCUUUGACAAAUUAAAGACAAACAAAACUGAGGUCCCGAGAUGUUAACAUCGCCUUGUAGAACCAAAUGCAUGUCAACCUGCAUGUGCCAUCAAAUCAAAACUCAUGCAAAUUUCCCUCUUUAUAUAUUCUCUAAAAUGAUUUAAUAGACUACUAAAACAUAUUGCUUGCAUGCCAGCGCACCUGUGUUACCAUAUGUAUCUUUCAUCACCUGAUGAGUUCAGCUAUCUGCGGCACCUCCUCUGAACUCUAUUAACCUUGCAAAUCAAGUCAGGAUCUCCCUCUAUUUCUGACAUUAUCGCUUAAUGAAUGUGUUGACAUUUAUGCAAAAAGGAAGAGAAGUUUCUGUGUUAGGUGUAGAUCUAUUUUUACCUGCCACGCCACAGGUCUGUGAAUGAAAUAAAAAAAACACUGAGUGCAGCUUUGCCUCAGCCCCAUAAGGAAAGGUCAGCGCUGAUGGAUUUCAAUUACUCAUGCAUCAGAAAUUGGCAGUUGAUUUUAAUCUGGGAUCAAACAGCAUUUUGAUUGACAGCCCUCGGCUGGUGAAAAACAAAGGUGUGUGUGUGUGUGUGUGUGCAAGAGACAGAUAGACAGGAUGCAGUCUAGUCGUUCAGGGUGUGGAACGACUAGACUGUCGUUCAGGGUGUGGAGAAGCCCAGGAAGCAUUUCUUAGAUCAAUAAAAUACAAAGUAGGGCUGCGCGAGUUUGGCCAAAAAUAAAAUCCAGAUUUUUUUCUCUGAAAAACUCAAUUUUCAAUUUCGAUUUUUUAAUUAAGUGACAACUUUACAUAACUUCACUUUAAAAAUAAAAAGUUUUGGCAUCAUUUCUCAAAACGAAACCAUGAAAAACGAUGUAGUGCAUAUGCCAAGCCAGUAAGUGGUGCUGUAACCCUGCACAGGAAAUGCACAAAAGACAGAAGAAGAGUACAGAGCAUGCGUGUAAAGGUUGUUUUUGCCGGACAUGCACAGCAGCCCUAAAAGAGUUGUGCUGUGUGUCACAUAAUUGUUUUGAGAGAGAUGCAGAUAGGCAUCCGUACGGAGAUGAAAUGGUAGUCGUUUACGGAUUACAGCAAACGUACCAUUUACAGUCACCCAAAACGCCGAUAAAAAACUUACGGUUUACUCUUGAACUCCCUUCUAUGUUGUCGAGUUGAUACCGCCUUUGCAGCGGGGAGUGGUUUGCUCUUCAUCCAAAACUGUAAAGCCGUACCAAUUCCACAUGACUGACUUGCUAUUGCCCUAUUUAGCCAUGAAAUGAUCGCGUUCUUUUGCAAACGCCAUGUUUGUUUACACUGGUGUGUGUAGGAACUGGGGAGCGCUCUCGCAGGAAAGGGGAGUCCAUGGUGGCCCUGAAGGCGCGAAACAUGAUGGAGAGGAAAAUCGAUUUGAUGAUUUUAAUUUUUUUAACAUAGUCAUAAUUAAAUAUUCUGAUUACGGUUUAAAAUUGUUCAAUCUUGCAGCCCUAAUUCAAAGUUAUUGUAAAAAUGUGUGGCUUGCAGACACCCUCUGCUCUAGUCUCUGGUUAAAACCUGCAAAUUUGCUUAUGCUUUGCUUCUCUUCCUGUUUUUCUUGAAAGUGAGCAAAACCUUCAUGUCUCCUUCCUUCCCACAACACCAUGUUUGCUCACUGAUGACAUUCAGACAGAAUUAUGCAGCUGUAUGUUUGAUCAGAUUAACUACUCAGCAUUUGCACUUGGUUGUGAUGUGUGUGCACACGUGUAAAAAUGUGUGUUUGACAGAUCUUGACCUUCAGGUGGUGUCUCGGUGUAAACACAGAUCUAUGAGGAAAAGCAAUGAAAGAGAGAGAGAGAUCGGUAAAUACUUUUUAUAUCUAAUGCUAGAAGACUGUAGUUAAACUUCCAUCUUUGUCAUUAUCACCUUGCUGCAGUGUUACAAUACCAUUAAAUCUCUAAGCCGGCACAGUAGAGCAGUGCAGAGCUUGCUGUUGUCCUUAAUGAGUGUACUAAAUCAGCCAGGAUGCUCACGGAUGCAGCAUGUGAAAUCUCAAUGAGCUCUUUGUACUGGAAGUGACAAAGGAGCUUCACUCGCACGACCCAAUGAUUAAACAACUCCUGGUAAUAAGCACUGGCAGAGGGAAAUAAAGAACUCUCUAUAAAUGAUGGUCAUAUUUAGCCCCUGCUGGAUGAGGAGGUUUUGCCCUGGAAAAGUAAUGCUGAUAGGAAGGAAGGAAGAAAGGCAAGGAGGGGUUGGGGGAGCAGCAGAUGGAUGAGGGGAAGGGGGCCCUGCAGGUUCCACACUGUGUGCGUGUCUGUCCGUUGAUCUGCCCUCAAAUUCUGCUGAGUUCACUAAGCUGCUGAAGGGUUUUGGUUUUUACCAAGGAGAGAACCCAAACCUCCACACUGGAGGUGUAUUGAUUUUUCAAGCUUACAUAGGAUUUCGUUCACGUCUUGUGUUAGGGUUCACUUCAGACAUGUUUUUUUUUUUUUUUUCUCUCGGGGUAGAGGCUCCAGUUUGUUGGAGAAACCUUGUAUUCAGUCUUGGCUGAGCAGGACUUUUCUCUGCAGGGGGAAAUUGUUUAUUUGUGUAUAUGUGUUGUGUUUCUCUACAGCUGAAGUCCUCCACUCCAGGCCCUCAACAGCCAGUCUGACCCUGGACCCCCCGAUUUGCCCUUGUACCACCCACACACUCCACAGUUGUACGUCAAAGCAGCCACUCCAAAGUGGGCUUUUUAUUUUCCCUUUUGAAGGACCUCAAGUGCUGCUCUCUUCACUGUUUUUUUUUUUCUCCCUCAAUAAUUAAACAAACGCACAACAAAAGCCUUUGUUGUCUUUGGAGAGAUGUGACUAAUGCUGUGACCCUGGGCAGGGUUACUGUUUUUGAAAGUAAGGCCUACAGAUAUUUUGCAUGACUUUAGCUCAGAGUUUGAACACAUAGGAGGGUAGGGGUUAAAUGAAAUGUGGGUAAGUGUUCACAAAAAUAGAGAAUUCAAAGAGCUGAAGCAGCACCGACUUACAAAAGCAAGAGGCUCCACGAUGUACAUAUACUUCUCAGGCGCUCACAGUGACGCCCAGAGUGGUAAUGAUAGGGGGCAGAGGACCCAACCCAAGAACAUCCGCCCCUUAACUCUUAUGUGGUUCUCUUACUGGUACUUGCGCUUCUGUAGCUGCCGGUUGAGGCUUACAAGGUUUUUUCGUGCUCCACAGGGAGCUGUUAAGUCAACCACAUGAAGAGACAACACAACAGAGGACCAAAAUAGCCCAACAGCGCCUCACUCACUUAUUCGACUCAUUAUAGGUGCUUCCUCCAUUUGAUACGGAUUUCAGAUUCUCUCUUAAGCUGUGUGGGAGUGUGCAUAUGUGCACUACAGUCUGCAUUUGCAUAGAUCUACACAGGCUGGUGCCGUAGUGCAUAGAUAAUCUUUAAAAGGCUGUGUAGCAAGUUAGAAUUCAUUCAUGUCUAAUUAAAAUUCAACCUAGGUUUAACAUUAUAUUUGGCCAGUUAGAAAAAGAGUCGUUGAAAGUCAAUGCUGCUUUUCCAAAGGACAAAAGGAACUAUGAGAUCUACUAGAGUCUAGGAGACGCAUAUCUAGGGGGUCUUACUGAUGAAGCUCAAUCUGGAGAGGAUUACAAAAAGUAAUGCUGCAGAUAGACUUCCAAAUCACCCCAAACAGAUUUUGAGACCUCCUGAGGACCCUGCUGUGAAGGUUGUGUCGGUAAUGCUGCUUUUGUUGUGUCACUUUUCUCUGCUGUGAUGUGAGGAAGAAAUAAGGACAGGAUGAAAAGCCAGGCUGCUCCUUGGUGAUGAUUACUCCUUCACCUUCACAUGACCUUUAAGAACAAGAGCAUGUACUUUCACUCAAAGAUGAGUCUAGAUGUGGCCAGAGCGUUUUGAUAAAAUUGGGUCAGCUUGUUUCAAGGCCUGAAAAGCAGCAUGGGUUUUUUUACACAUCCUCAUCACAUUCACCUCCCCUCCUGCUGUUCACUUCUCUCUCAGGGAAUCCUUCCCCUCCUCUCUGCACGGAGCAGGAGGAGGAGGAGGAGGAGUGAGACCAGACCUAAAAAUAGGAAAUGCUCUUCCUCCUUUUUCCCCCUCCAUGCUUACCACUUUCUUUCUUCCUGGGGGAGACCCCCCCCAGUUUUGCACCCCUGUCUUUCCUCUGGAGCAGGAUGGAUCUGAUUAUCCUCUACAACAGUCUUCCCUGUCAGGCUUUGCAGGCGGACACAAAGGUCACCUUCACCUGGAGCUCUUGCAAAGUGGGCUCGCUGAACCACUCUGCUCGGGUGUCCUCCACCCUCCCUUCACUUUGCAUUAAAGCAAACACACAUGAAUACACUCACUUCCUCUCAUGUCCUACAUUUGUCUCCACCAUUGGGAGAAAAAAAAAAAACUAAUGAAACUGUCAUUCAACUCUGCAGCAGUUCAGCCAAGCUCUGCUCCAAGCUAGUUGAUGCAAGUCUGAUCAGUUAUGGAAGUAGCUAGGGCUGUGCAAUAUGGGAAAAAAGUUUAUUACAAUAUAUUUUUUUCAAUAUCGAUAUAUAACAGUGAAAUUUAACAGUGCUUAUUGGUAGCAUGUCUUUUGCAAUACAAUAAGCUACUGUAUCUGUGAGGUCUUUUUGUCUUUUGAACAUUUUCUGGUGAGGCGUUGCAUGAGAGAGAGUUGACUGAAUGGACAGCUGUUUCGGCUGCACAGGCGCCAUGGGCUACUUGUUCCGCUCAGGGUUUGUAAACUUUUGCAUGGCGUGGCACUGCUUCAGGCGGUGGAUUUCAGGUAUUCCCCAACUUUGCGAGAACAUGUUCUCGACAUAAUUUGCAGUGCACAUUAUUCUGCUUCAUGUUUGACCUCAAAAACCAAAAUACCUCCACACCACCGACGUUUUGGUGCCAGUGUUGUUGAUGAUGUCAUCAUCUUUUGAGCCUUCGUCUGCAUUUCUGCCGGGGUUAGCACUCAUUUUCUUUUUUCUCACCGACAGUGCUGUCGGCUUCACAUGUCAAAGGGCUAUGGUUGUGUGUGGCUGCAGCCUGCUACUACACAAUUAUUUGCUACUUGGUUCUCACUCUGCAAUGAUUCUUUUCUCAUUUUUUUCAUUGGCUAUUCGUAUAGUCUUCCAAAACAUGGCAGAAUGCUGACAUUCGAAAAGGAUGUUGACCAUGUUUUAUAUAGAUAUUGAGGGAAAUUAAUUUCUGAUAUAUACCAUUAUUAUUUAUUGCCCAGCCCUAGAAGUAGCAUCCUUUAUUUUAGAGAAAAUACAAAAAAAAAGUAUCAUGCAGAAUUUUCCAUACAUUUUAUAGCAGCUGCAUUAAUGGGUACGUAAGAUGCAGUGAUUUAAAAUUCAAAGGAAAUGAAACGUUCUUUUGUACUUAAGCUAAGCAUGAUAUGUACUCAGCUUACUCUCACUAACAGGCAGUAUAAAAAAACACAAGAGAGGUAAUGUGAGACAUUCAUUCAUGGUCCAAGUGUGCUUUGUGGAUUUAUGUAAUAGAGAAUGAUUACCUAACACAUGUGGAAGAAUAAGGAGCUGUGCAAAUCAAAGAUACCCGGGUGCCGAUAUCACACCAGAUUUCUUUUUUCUCUUUUUUCUUCUCCUGGCACCGAAACAGUCCAUGAGUUGGUUUGCCAGCCUCUUGACGAGACAGAAGGAGCCCAGCCAAAGAUCAGGCUCACGGGGAUUAUUUAUAGAGUUGAGUGGGCUUCACGGACGCAGGCGUGGAAUGUGUCAGAGAGAAAAUGCAUCAUUGAUCAAAGGCUGCUCAGAGAUGCUGUCUUAUUUUUGCCAAACGCCGAGCAGAGAUGGAGGAUUGGAACAAAACAAUAGCCUUCACCAAAGGCCCGCAUGUGUGCUGUGCUAUAGUAAGCUGGCCUGCUCUGCUACCCACACACAGUCCUCUGCACCUACACAGGUGACUGGACUUCUCUGAACACCUGCCAGUUUUAGCCUCCUUACUCCAGUGCCUAAAUAGCAUCUCAGCUCGGGGUGUUUAAAAUACACUCUCAGUGGGCGUUUGGAGAGUGAGUGUACUGCACAUGGAGGCUGGUGUGUACCUCCAUACUACUAUGUGGGUUUAACAAAGAAGCAGUGUGUGUGUGUGUGUGUGUGUGUGUGUGUGUGUGUGUGUGUGUGUGUGUGUGUGUGUGUGUGUGCACGUAGGAGUUUGUGAGGGGGUGCAGAACUUCUUCAAGGAGUGUGUCACAAAAUUGUUGAUACAGAUUUCAAGCUUUGUCCUUUUUUUUUCUCUCAGAUUUCUAACGUCCUUUCAGAGCCCACCUCAGAGGAAACACAGAAUUGCUAUCAAGAACAAGCUGUGGUGGUUGUGGUGUGUGUGUGUGUGUGUGUAUGUGUGUAUGUGUCUUAACACUUGUGUUGCGGUUUGUCGGCACCACAAGGGACUUCUUUAAGAAGACGGUGCAGGAUACUUAGCCACCUUUGUCUUCCUCUCACUUUGCACCCAUUCAGGGAGUUGGGAUAGGAUUGAAAAGUAAGGUGAGGUGUAGUGAAGGUAGAGGAGGGAGUGGAGUGAAGCAGAGGUGUCCUGUACUGCAGCAGUAGCAGCAGCAGCGGCACAGCUCUCUGGUGGCAGGCGGGGGCACCUCUCUCUCUCACUCUGCCGCCAUUCACUGCAAUGCAGACGGCACUCAAGGUUAUACCUGUGAGGCCACAUUGAUGGACUAAAGUACAGGGAUGUGAGGGAAGGGCUGAUGAAAGCUGCUGGAAAUUUUAGGCUUUAUUUGUUUCUUUCCGCUUUCACGCUCCAACCUGGAAAUUCAGGAGCAACUUCUACAACAGUUUGGAUUUUUUAGGGCAUUUAAGAUCAGAUUUGUCAUCUCCAAGACCUCACAGAUACCAUCCGAGAUAUUGUCUCAUUUGUAGCAGAGUUGGUUUGAAUCUUUUGGCAGACUCACAUCUCAUUCAAGUCUUUAUACCGAGAUUGUGUGGCAGGGAUGUGUGGCACAGGACUGGCAGGGUGACAUUUGCUGUUAAUCAGCUUCCCGUUCAUCCUCAGCUUCCCCCCCUGUCUGGCUCUGAUAAACAUGUCGGUCUAAGAAACAUUGAGGACUACAGGCUGGAAAUGGUCUGAGCCUCAGAGAGAUCCUUUGCAAACUUCCAUUUGAUGUGGAUCAGAGGAGGCCACAUCUGGUGCAGCCUUGCACAAAAGAGCUACUGCAGCAAUCUCACUUCCUGUUCUGCAGUCUAACAUAGACAAAGAGGAAAAAAACGGGUCAAGACGGACACAUUUCUACAACCAAUGUGUCUGUAAGUGUGUGUUUGUGUGUGCCCAAAAGAAUUCCUCUGGCUUCCCCUCGCUUUGCCUUCAGGGCUCCUCGGGCAGACGAGUCAUUCAUUCUGAGUGGGUUCAAAACAGCUGCCACUGUCGGAUGUUAUUCAGGAAGUGAUAGAUCAUUUCCCACAGGGUGGAACAUCAAGCAUGCAGCUAGUCUAACCUUAAUUGUUUCCCAGUAUUACUUGUCUUUAUUGGUGCAGCAUGACAGGACAGAAGAAAAGAAAGAGUGUAUUUGUGAAAAAGUGAAUUAUUCAGAAAAAAAUGAAGUAACAGGGAGAAAUACAAAACAGGAGAGAAGACAGCCAAGAGAGAGGGAAAGUACAAGUGCGAGACACAGAGGAGGGAACUGAUGACAGGGCCAAAGUGUCAAAGCACCAUUGUCAACAAUUAUCCUUUCAGUGGUCAUCAUCGAGAGUUCAGCAAACACACUCUACUCUCACACACUCCCUCCACAUCUCUGGCAAACAGAGCGGGGAUCCGGUGCCUGUGGCUGAAAAACAUUUGGGGAAAUGAGAAAACAUUGUGGUAAUGAAUGUAAUGAGAGGAAUGCUCUGAGAUCAGACAACGCUCUUUAAUUAAAGCAGUGCAGACCAUGGGGAUGUAUUAAAACAGAGUUCUGAGCCAGAGAGUGCCCCAAGUAGCACUCGCUGUGAGGGACUUGGCACAUAGCUAUCAGUCUGUUAGCAUAAGGCUGUUAUCAGCACAUAGUCACCAGACCUUUUUUUAUAGACGGGGCACAUUCAGUAUAAAAAACUGAAAGUUCUGUCUGAACUUCUAAACGGUUUGGGUGUCUCUGUUAUUAUGAGAUUAAAACGUAAGUAUGCAAAGGUCCUGAAUGUACCUUUGAGUAGUGAAAAGCCUGUGAUGCUUUUUGGAGAUAAAGUUUUUAUCUUACAGAAACCGAGUGACAUUUUGUGGGAGUUUUUGAUCCAAAGUUCCCGCAGUGCCACUGGUGCAUGUGUUUUCAGAUGUAUGGGUGGACCCGGAGAGAGAUUGGACAUGGAAUUCCUCCUAAAAUCAAUACAGCAUAGUAUCGGGAUAUUUUGUCUGGUGAAAACAUCGUAUCAUCUUAUUUACCAAGUAUUGAUUUUUCAAAUUAAAAUAAGACAAAAAUAAAGGAAAGACAAAUGCUAAAUUAGCAAUUGUAUCGCAAUACUCACUGUACCGCAAAAUGUUAAAAAUCGCAAUAAUACCGUAUCGUGGCCCAAGUAUCACGAUAAUAUUGUAUUGUGGGGCCACUAGUGAUUCCCACCCCUACUCGUAAUCUUGGAAGACUCUGUUUUGGGUCAGAAUACAUUAGGUGAAUGAAAGCACAGAGCUUGUACAAAGUGUGAAUAGUCAAUGGAAGAGCAGCGAGAGAGAAAUCAUGAAUAGACAGUACCUCGACCUACCAACCUUGAAACAUCCUUGGCUGAACCAGAGGUAUAUUGUAUGGUAUUGUGCAUUCUGCAGGAAAUUGUUAGUGCAUUCAGUGCAUCCCCCCCCCCCCCCCCUUUUCAUGCACAAGGAUUAUUGUGUUAUUAUUUAACACAGCCUCUGCAGAAUUACACACAUGACUUGACAGACACAAAAUCACUCUGAGUGAGUGGGAGCUGAGAUUGACAGCAGACACCUUGCCUACAGAAGAGAACAACCACAGACUGAUAAAACAGGAGCGUGUGACUGUGAUGAAAUGAACUUGAACUAGAUGUGACUUGACCCUGCAAAACAGACACACACACUUCCUCUUUCUCCCUCCCUGCCCCUCUCUCUCUCUCUCUCUGUCUCUUUCUCUCUCUCUCUUUACCUCUGCCUCCCUUGCACUAAGCAACAAGCAUGCACGCAUACACACGCACAAAAUCACCUGGACUGAGCUUAUGAAAUAGUUUCUGGAGGAAAUAAUUGGCCCCAUUGGUGAAUGAAGGUGAUGGAAAGCAUAAGGAAAGUAGCAGGGGAGAUGGAGGGCGGAGUGAUGGAGAAGUCGCAGGAGAGCCUGACAUCAGGUUGUAUAUGAACCAUCAUGUGUGUUUUCCAAUGGGUAGUGAACUCAGACAAGUGUGAAAUGAUUUAUGGCCUCACCUGAAGGUUAGCAGAAUUGAAUGUUUUAUGUAGCCGUAACGCAGACAGUACAAAUAAAGGGACUCAAGUGCUGUGUGACUGAAAUAUCUAAGCUGGAUUAUGGCACUUGCUGCUUUUUUCUAUGGUUCCACAGCUCAAUAGCAUUGACCUCCAUUCUCUGUGGGCCAGUAAUUAGUGAAACUCUUGGCUGCUCUUUGGCUUGUUCAGAGUCCUCCAGGGGAUUUCCACUUAUUAUCUGAACAUGGAAAGAGUGUUAAAAGCAGAAUUGGAGCUUUUGCAUUCCAGGCACAGAGAAGUCGUGCACAACAACAGACCACCUGGAUGAAAAGGUAAAUCCGUUUGUGCGCUGGAAGGAACACAACCAUGUCUUCACACAUCCAAUUCAGGCGCAUUCCCUUUCAGACCUUAGAUUUCUCUUUUCACACAUUAUGUUUGUGCUCUGCAAAACUUGCACUAAAAUGGUGUGAUGAGUUGCACAAUGUGCGGCUGAAAGUGCCACUGUGAGAAUUAAAGCAUUCGCCCACAUGAGAGAUUACUGUGACAAACGGUGACAGGCCUGAAUUCUCACUCCCCCCUGACUCUCUUUCCCUCAUCCGUCUUUUUUUAUUCUCCCCAUCACUCCCUCGCCUCUCCUAUUUCCAGAAUCUGUAUUCAAUUUAAGAUGCUUUAUAAGCAUGAUGAAAAACAAUGUUAUGUUGCCAAGGCGAAAUGGCUCUGACAUUGUAUUUACCCCUCCAUCUCUCUUUCUCUUUAAUCGCCCUGUGAGAAUUUAGUUUUUCUUUGCGAUUUAAUUUUUCUUCAUUAGCAUCAAGGCUGAGGAGUAUUGCAAAAACCUCUGAAUAAUAUAAAACCCAUUUAAAUGAGCGCCCUUCCUCAGUUUCUUGUCCAUCUCUUUUCUACAGUCUGUUUUACUUCUCUCUGCAUCUGUUAGUGAAUCUCGAUGUCAUCCCCUUAACUCUGUCUGUCAGGAGGACUGAGAUCACAGUUUGUGAAACUAUCAUGGAUACAGAAGUCAGUGGCACUAUUGUGCUUUGUAGUAAUGAGGAGACUUGAGGAAGAGGAGGGAUGGAGCGUUGACCUUCCACUUAACUUGUGUUAGUAAACCGAGACCUACUGAGCAGAAAACCCCUUGAAGCAAAAACAGGAGCUCUGACCUUCUUUAUGGUAACAGUACUUCUGCAGAAGGUCAUGGUACUCAUGCUUCUUACCUUCAUCUGAUCAUUGUAGGUCGAUUUAAUUGUAAUGUAAUUUUUUCCAUCACUUUCUUUGUCUUUUGUGACAAACCUCACCCUGCUUAGUCUCAACAACAUCCAGGGAAAGAAAUAGCUUAUAUAUGAUCGAUAUUUAAAGGGAUAUUCCGGCGUAAAUUUAAGUCAUGGUCAACACAUAGUAACACCAAGUUAGACCCCCCUUGAGAGUUGAAUAUUGCCGACUGCUUGCUCCUCUGGUCAUACCAAUUUUAGCAAUGACCGCGCAAUAGCAAUACACAGCCGUCUACGUCUCCAUGCGCACACCUCAACCAAAAAGCCACUAUAUAGCUACAAAUAAUGCUCAGAACAGCACCUAAUUUCAUCAACAGUACAUAUAGGGUCCCAGCCAUAGUACUACCCAUCAAACAUUUUUUCAGCUUUGCCUAUUUUUUUUAGCAAAGAGACCAAAGACAACUUACACACUGUCCUCCAGCAGCCACUUGUUUGUGGAGGAGCCCUAGCAAGUUGAUCACGGAGUGCAGCGGAGUUUCGCAGCUCAAGGAAGAACAUUUAUGAUUAAUACUUCAUGGAAAUGCAACCAGAGUUGUUGUGUAUCUCGUAUGUGCAAUGCAGACGCGCUACUUCUUAUGCCUUAGUGGCUAAGUCUGAUUGCAUUUCCAUGAAGUAAUAAUCAUAAAUUUUCCACUGCACUCACUGAUGGACUCAUCAGGGUUUACGCCAGAAUAUCCCUUUAAGAUUAAAGCAGCUGUACACUAACAGGAUCAGCAUCUCAGUUAGUUUUCACAAACAGAAAAUUUCGACCUGAAGAGAGUGAAUUCUUAUUCAUUUCUUUCCAAAGCAAAAACAUGAAGAUUUAAUUUCUUUCAGGAGAUUUCAAAGGAAAACCUUUUUUUUCCUUGUUUUAUUGAUUUGAUUGAAACAAUGAUUAGAUAAAAACCUGGUACCCUUGGGGGUAAUACUUCAGGAUGAAAAUGCCUGUGUAGCGUUGGCAGUUCCUUUCGUUGUGUAAUGUAUCUACUCUGCCAUUGCGCUCAGUAUGUAUGCAGACAAUGAUCCUGUGAUCCCCUAGCACACAUGCAGGCGAACACAGCACACAUACUUAUGACUCAUGUUGUAAAAGGGCGUCAUCAUUCCCCAUUACCCACGCUCCCCUGUUGCCUUAUUCACCAACUCUCAUUACACACAUGUGAAUGACACAAAAGUUCUGUGGGCGAGAUCUGAGCCGUGUCUGACUGCUUUCCUGCAGUCCUGUUUUACAGUUGAGAUAUGAUGGGAGCCAGGAGUAAUGGGUGGCUGGCAGCCAGCGCAGCCGGAAUGGGGGGAGCUUGGUUUGAGGUUUGGUUGGAUGUGGAGGAAGUGGGGCUUGGUGUUCAUCCUACAUAUGAUCAGGAGCAGGCUGGGCACUUACACAGUCCAGUGGCUGAGAUGUGAGCAGUUACUGGCCCUGAAAUGUUGAGCUACAUCUCUCUGUCUACAUUGAAAAGGGAUGCUGUUUAAGUACCUCUGAAAAAAGGUUAUAGCUACAGCAAGAGGGCUUCAAGAAUUCUCCAAGAUUUUUGUUUUCUCAAACUUAGCAUGCUCUGUUUUCUCCAGAAAUGAAGGAGGCUUUCGUUUUUUAGGAAAAACAGCAGACUGGGAGUCAAACGACAGGUUGAAACGAUAAGACAGCCCAUUCUAACCCACAAGUUGUCAACAGCCCAACUGGUAAAAUAUUUAACUCUUACAAAUACAGCGCAUAGGAUUGACCCAAACAAACCCCAGCUUCACAAGAGUGUGAAAGCCUUGCAGUGUCUACUACACUGUUUUUGAACGAACACCAAGCAUGUUGGCUGGCAUGUGCAAACAUGUUGCAACAACUCGAGUGAUUUACAUCUGGAGAAAUGUGCUGCAAAUUUAAAACAAACAUAAAAAAUCCAACAGAAAUGAAAACAGAAACAAGCUGCGUAUGACGCAGUGUUGUAAGAAGUCAAACCUGAUGCAGAAGCUGCAAACAGAAGGCAGAAGGAAGUGACUUUAUCAGGCGAUUUACUGCAAAUCCGACCAGCUCUCUUCUUCACGAGGAAUAAUAGAAAUGCAGUGGAUUGGUGCUGGCCCAGCCUUGUCUUUUCUACAUUCAUGACAACUUCAAACACCCAGUGCUCCAAGGUUUUUAUUUGUUGUGUUUGUUGGCAGUGCUGCAUUUACUUUAAAAAUACACUAUUCCAGUAAUUGUCUUAUAAUCAAUUCAUCUACCGCCUCAUUUCCUCCACUUUCCUAUCACUAAUAAAUCUGGUCUAGUGAGCAGCCCUACAGGUGUGGAGCACUGCUAUUGUGAUGAGGAAUUAACAGAACCAUUUGUGCUUUUCUAUUUUGACUGCAUGUUUACUAAGUAUUUUUGGCAGUUUUGCUGUUAAUGCAUUAGUCUUUUUUGUGCAGCACUUUUUGUAUAAACAGCAUUUUUCAGUGGCUGCGUUUGUUUUUAGUGUUUGCAUAGGUUUUCAGAAUUUAAAGGCUGUUUCUCUGUAUGACCUUGGGAAAACGGUUGCUAUUUUUGUUGUUUUUAUUUACUCUUUAUUAUAGGAGAAACUUACUGAAGUUAAAAAUCUGUGCCCUGGUAAAGAUGAGCAGCAGCACAGUUGUCAAGGUUUUUGAUGAAAAGCAGACAUUUUAAUAUAUCAAAACACAAAAUGAAUAGAGAAACAAGUGAGUCACAGUCAUAAAUAUUCUACAUACUUAAACGUAUUUUUGUAAUUUGUUUUGGGCAAAGAAAACUCACAUUUUAACAACUUUUUCACCUCCGGUCUGACCCUCGAAAAGUUCUGGUUCUAUUCUGUCUGACGUAGUUUAAAAGGAAUAAAGGACGCAGGCCUAUAAGUGACUUGUAAAUAAGAAUAUGCAAGUGUGUUAGUCUACGUGCAGACAAGGAGGACCAACCGACACAUUCAUAGUGCCCAGAGCAUGAAGGUCAGACAAGAGGCAUGCAAAUACAAGACAUUGUUGUAGUCCACCACAGACAUAAAGGUGGCAGCUACCUGUAUCUUUUAAGGACUGGAAAGAAAGACAGAAACCAAUCCUUCAUUAAAAAAAAAAAUCAAAUUCAGUUUUAAUCUUUCCACCAGCUGAGACUUAAAAGAGCAAUUUAUCUGUUAAGAUACCAAGAUGUCUCAAGUAAAACACUCAGCUGGAGUACCUUGAAAAGUGGAGGUUGAAGGGGAAAUCUGUGGCUCAGAUUUAACAUUUUAAACAGGAUGAAUUUUGAUUUGUCAGCGUUUAAAACAAGAUUGAAGGAUUUGGGUGAGCAGUGUUAAAAGCAGUUUAUGACUGGUAAAGAGGUUUGGUCUGAGCAGAAUAAAAAGUAUAUCAUCCACAAGAAAGGAAAAUGUAAAUUUUCAGUGUUUGUUAUUUAUGAACAGAAUGAAGAACAGUUUCCUACUUGGCAGCUCUAUUUUGGAGGUCCACCCGGUCUUCUGGUUGCUGCUAGCUUGGUAGUUUAAGAUGACAGAUCAACAUCUGACCUUUUAAAAGCUGGACAUGAGAACAAACAAGAUUAAACAAAUUGGAGUAAUCCAAAGAAGUAAAUCAGUUUGCCUGCCUUACCCUUUUGAUAGUUGUUGUUUUGGCAUUUAUCACUCAGUAAUGCACUGCAGUUUGACCCAACCUGAGAGCUUCUGUUGCAUUAAUUGCACAGUAAUCCCACCAUGUGUCACUGAUGUCGAAGGUCUUCAUUGGGGUGUGACAAUGACAGAGAGUGCAAUGACGUGUUAAUGCCCCUCAGAGCAUGUCAGUCAACUGGUCUCACACCCUGUCCUGUUCCCAGCAGCUUCACUCUUUCAUUAGGGGGUGUUUGACCCAGCCCGGGGCUGAAAGUGUCACCAGAGAGAAGGGGGUGAAGGAGAUGGAAAGGAUUACAAAAAUACCCCAAUAAGUCUUAGGUAACAGCAGAACACAGCUGAAGCAGGCAGUCAGGCUGUAGGCUCUGAAGCAGUCUCUCUCAUAAACAGUAAAAAUGGCAUUUCUUCCAGGAGAGGCUCAGAGGUGUGGUAAAGAAGGGGAGGGAGUGCAUUUGAGGCAAGGCCAAUCAAGGGUAAAAUGAAAUCUGUGUGUAGGGAAAACACAGAGGUAAAAUUAUCUCCAAAGCUUAAAAGGAUUGUUAUAAAAUCUGUUCUCUCAAAAUAAGGAUUCACCAUAAUAUUUCAAAAGGUUUUGGCCAUUUUUAUCCUUAAUUACUAAUGCGAAUAUAUAAAUCCUCCCAUCUAUAAAAAGAAUUAGGUUUUAAGAGCACACUUUCCUUGCCUGCCUUUUGUUAUAAAACUGAAGCAGAGGGUUAGAGCCUGCUGUCCUGCCUGGCUGUCUGGCUAAUUGUAACAGCAUGUUAAUGAGACUUAAGAAUACCCUCACACUCUUUGACCCUCUGUGACUGCAGAACUUCCCUGAAGAGUACCUGGAAACAAUCAGACCUGAACAGAGCUUCUCCUCCCAUUUUUGUAAAACUCUCUUCAUAUAUCCUAAAUACCCCAGACAUGUAAAUGUGCAUCUGGUUGAUUCUACCAGAGGAGUGAACCAGUCAAGAUAUUGGCAGUUUUACAAAUAGGCGAUAUUUUAAACUGUAGUUUUCCGUCUCAGAAGGAUAUAAGAGCUCAUUGAUGAGUGUAAAGAACUUGACAUUUGGGAGGAAAUGUGAUUAUUUUCUCAACAUUUAUAGCAUUAAAAAAAGCACCUUGAUGACCUUUGGCUGGACUCAUAAUUUUUGACACACUUAAAUCUGUCCUCUUUGUAAAUCAAACAAAACGAUCCUUUCAGUUCUCGGUGUUCUCUGUGAAAGAGUCUGAGUUGUGUUAUCCUCCAGCUGAACUAAAAUCAACCUUAUUACCCUCAAAGUCUUGGCAAGGAUGCAUGAAUUACCAUGUGCCCUUGGGUCUGAGCAGAAGCUCUCUGAACAGCUGCAUACAACUAUAACUGCAAGAGAAAGUGCUUCUGUAGAAGUUCUGUAAAUAUUUUGAACAUUUUUUAAACCCUUUUGGUCCCAGCAUUAUUUAAUGUUAAGUUUCAGUCCUAUAAUCAUCUAUCCAUCUCUUGACUUCUUUAUGAUGUAUGAAAGAUCUAUAGCAUAUGUUUCUAUAAGUAUAGGAUGAUCCUAUUUUGCUCAUGGUCCAUAAUUACUACUUAAAACUGAUAGGCCUUGGUCUUGGAUUUUAGAGGUUUGAAUCACACACUGAGGUUUUUACUUCCUUACCAAAGACUUCCUUCUCGUUAGAAGGCAAACAAAAAAGGGGGGUUCCUUAAAUGGAGCAUUGAGUAGAGUUUAUUUAUUUCCAAAAACAAGUCUGUUGAGGCGUUUGAGCAAUUCUUAAAGAAUAAUAUUCAUCUGUUUUCUUGUAUUCUUGAUCUGUUUCUUGGAUGGAGUGAGUAGUUCUGUGCAUAAAAAGAAAAACAAGGCCAAAUUGGAGAGUGAUGGUUGUGUCACUUCUUUUCUUAUUUGCAUCAAGUGGUGCUCAUCAAUCAUGAUAACGCUGCAUGCAUCAUCUGCCUCUGACCGUGGACAGCCCUUAGGUGUUUCACUGUGGCUCCACUUAAACUAUUCUCCAGGGAGAUCCAUCAGCUGUCUCUGUCCUUGGGGGGGAAACACACACUUACUUCCCUUUAGCCCUCAGGGUUCACUUCGAUUUAUUUCUUUAAAAUGAAUACAAUCAGCUGAUCAGGAUGUGUGAAAAAAUAACAGACUAAAGGUGGUUAUGGUAAUGGGAAUAAUGACCAGACUGAAAAGCGGUGAUUUAACUGUUAUUUUGUUAUGUCUUUAGAGGAAGUGUCCAGUUGAUUAUGUGUUAAGUAACUUUGAGUUGUUCAGAGAUUGGUUUACUUUUCAGUUUUUAUGUUUCAUGAAGUCUAAUACUUUCUUUCUGUUUUCAGGACACUUCCAAACAGAGGCAGGUGAGGAAGAAAACCGUGUCCUUCAGCUCAAUGCCAAGUGACCGAAAAAUCAACAGCACAGCUGCCUGCAUGGCCUUCAUGAUGGAGGGUUGUGAGAUGAAGAAAGUGCGGUCCAACUCCCGCAUGUACAACCGCUACUUCCUUCUGGAUCCAGACAUGCACUGGCUCCGCUGGGAGCCAUCCAAAAAAGAUUCAGAGAAAGCUAAAUUGGAGAUCAAGGGCAUUAAGGAGGUUCGUCUGGGAAAGAAAACUCCAGUUCUGCGCAGCAAUGGUCUCUCUGAUCAGUUUCCUGAUGAAUGUGCUUUCUCUAUCAUCUAUGGCGAUAACUAUGAGUCCCUGGAUUUGGUAGCCAGUUCGGCUGAUAUAGUCAGCACCUGGGUAAUGGGCCUAAGAUAUCUAGUGUCUUAUGGUCGGCACACAGUAGACAUGGCGGAACCUAGCCAACCAAGUCUUCGAACAUCUUGGAUUGGCUCAGUGUUUGAGCUAGCAGAUAUGGAAAAGGAGGGACACAUAGAUCUGUUUAGGGCCACCCAGAUCAUCAAAGGGCUCAACCCCGGGAUGAAGGAGUCCAGGAUAGAGCUGAAGUUCAAGGAGCUCCAGAAAGCUAAAGACCAGUAUGGAGAGGAAAUUAACAUGGACACCUUUGUGGAGGCCUACUGCGAGCUCUGCACGAGACCAGAGAUUUUCUUCCUACUGGUGCAGUUUUCCAGUAACAAGGAGUAUCUGGACAGUAAAGAUCUGAUGCUGUUUGUGGAGGUGGAGCAGGGUGUGGAAGGUGUGACAGAAGAGAUGUGCAGGGAUAUUGUUCAGAAAUUUGAGCCAUCAGCUGAAGGGAGGGACAGAGGCUACCUCUCCAUUGAUGGCUUUACUCACUACCUCCUCUCCUCUGAAUGCCACAUCUUUGACCCACAGCACAAACGAGUGUGCCAGGAUAUGAACCAGCCUCUGUCCCACUACUACAUCAACUCGUCACACAACGCUUCUCUUCUGGAAGAUCAUUUCUGGGGCUCAUCAGACAUCAGCAGCUACAUCAGAGCUCUAAGGAUGGGCUGCCGCAGCAUUGAGGUCAUCGUUUGGGAUGGACCUGAUAAUGAACCAGUCGUGUACGUGGGUAGUUCAGUAGCUUCACAUCUAGCUCUCUCAAAAGUUCUGGACAUUAUAAACCAAUAUGCUUUUGAGAGCUCUGAGUAUCCCUUGAUUCUGUGUUUAGUGACCCACUGCUGCGUCCCACAGCAGAGAGUCAUGGCACAGCACAUGAAGAAGAUUCUUGGCGACAAGCUGCAUGUGGAACCCCCCAACAAAGAGGACAGCUACCUACCCUCCCCUGAAAAACUCAAGGGUAAAAUCCUCCUCAAGGGCAAGAGGCUACCACCUAACUACCCAGAUGCUGAGGGGGAUGUGACCGAUGAGGAGGAGGGUCUGGAAAUGUCCAGAAGAGUGGGAGCUGAUGAUAAGGACCAUUUAAAUGGCCUUGGCUACAAGAGACUAAGACUGUGCAGGGAGCUCUCUGAUCUUGUAUCUCUUUGCAAGUCGGUCCAGUUUAGAGACUUUGAGCUCUCUAAGAGGGAGCAGAAGUUCUGGGAGAUUUGCUCAUUGAAUGAGGUCGAUGCGAACAGGUUUGCCAAUGAGUUCCCAGAGGAGUUUGUCUGCUAUAACAAGCGUUUUCUGUCAAGGGUAUAUCCCACUCCCAUGAGAAUUGAUGCCAGCAACAUGAACCCCCAGGAUUUCUGGAAGUGUGGCUGCCAGAUUGUAGCCAUGAACUAUCAGACACCAGGCCUAAUGAUGGACCUCAAUUUAGGCUGGUUCAGGCAGAACGGCAACUGCGGGUAUGUUUUGAGGCCAGCCAUCAUGAGGGAGGAGGUGUCCUACUUCAGUGCCAAUGCUCGGGACUCUUUACCCGGGGUGUCUGCCCAGCUUCUUCACAUCAAGGUCAUCAGUGGGCAGAACCUACCAAAACCUCGGGGCUCUGCUGCCAAAGGUGAUGUUGUGGAGCCCUACAUUUAUGUGGAGAUCCACGGCAUUCCAGCUGACUGUGCUGAGCAAAGAACCAAGACCGUGUCCCAGAACGGUGACAACCCUAUUUUUGAUGAGAGUUUUGAGUUCCAGAUCAACCUACCAGAACUUGCUGUGCUGCGCUUUGUGGUGCUGGAUGACGACUACAUUGGAGACGAGUUCAUUGGCCAGUACACCAUUCCAUUUGAGUGCUUACAGCCAGGUUAUAGGCACGUCCCCUUACAAUGUCUAACGGGGGAGUUUCUACCCAACACCACCCUGUUUGUCCAUGUGGCCAUCACCAACAGGCGAGGUGGAGGAAAGGCACAUAAGAGAGGUCUGUCUGUAAGGAAGGGCAGAAAGGCACGAGAGUACACCACAACCAAAACCACGGGGAUCAAGGUGGUGGACGAGCUCUUUAGAGCAUCCACGCAACCUCUCAGGGAGGCCACAGACCUCCGAGAAAAUGUACAGGUAAGGGACUACAUGCUUGUAAUUGGCAAGAUAUUUACCUUUCUUUUUUUAGGGUAAGAGAUGAAAACUUUGUUGAUAAUUUCUGAAUAUUUUUGUGGUCCAAGAGUUAAGUGGAAUGUCUUACCACAAUGUUUCCUUUUGUAGUUGGCUGCAGUCAUUGUGUUUGACCAUCUGAUACAGCUGGUUUUGGCCAGUCUGUAAUUUGGCUAUCUGAUUAUUUCUUGACCAUCAGGACUAAUGGGUAGGCGUGUCACAAUAAAACCUUUUUACUUCCGAUAUGAUACUGAUAUUGUAGGCCGAUACCUAUAUUGAUCUGAUUUUAGCACAAAUUUUUUCACUUCUGUGUCUUUUUUGGACUUUAACAUAAAAUACUGCCACACAGCUGACCUCACUCCUACUCCUUGCUACUUUGUUAGUACCUUAGUACACACUGUUGUUGUGAUCACAUGGGCUCCAGGCGCUGCUAGAUAGAGGUACUGGAGCGGAGUGUGGAAUGGACUGCUUGUAUCAAAGUACUGAUAUUGGAGAUUUUAAAUGCAGGUCGAUAUAAUCUGAUAUUAGUUUUUUCUGAUAUAACUGAUAUUAAACCAAUAUCUGAUAUCAAUAUCAGGUCAGGUUGCCUCUACUAAUGGACUCCUCUGGUCAGUGCAAUAAUGUGGAUCCAAAAUUGAUUAUUUGUUCAUAACAAAUAACUUGUACAAAUACUUUUUAAGGCCUUAUUGAAGAAUUUCAUCCUUUCAAGUGAAGAGAUUACAAUUCAGUGCAUCAAAAUACAAAAUCAUAUGGUAUUGUACAGUAUUAAACACUUUGUUGACUGUCUGGGACCCCAUUUAUGCACACUUCCUUCCUUAAGUCCAAAACACUUACAGAUGUGACCUUCGUCACAUUAUAAUACAAUAAUAGCAAAAACAAAAGCCAGCGCCACAACUUAGAAACGUCUUUUUGUAUGUGCAUGUCAUAUUAUUGAGCAGCCACAUUUUGUGAAUGAUAAACAAUGAAUUAACUCACACUUAAUUGAUUUUAAAAGAACAACUAAUCUGGCAGAGAUUAGCCGAUAAAAUCUCAAGAGUUUAAUUUAAAGUUGUUGUCACUUACAACAGCAGAAAUCAUGUUUCUGCACAGCCUUUCAAUGCUUCCUCAAACUCAAGCUGAUGUAUUUCUGAUUAGACUCUUUCCACUUCUUGUUGUGGAUAAAGGCUUGUCGCUAAUUGUGCUCUAUUAAUGUUGCAGAAGAGAGCAGUAAUAAACUGGCAUUGCUGUGCAAUUAUGAGGUUUAUGAAUAGUGUAAUCAUUAAUGAAGGACAAUUACUGGCCAGAGGAGAAGACUGGGUUGCUAGGCACUCAGUGAACUACUUUAAAACUCCCUUGCAUGAGCAAAUGAAGAUUAGUCACAGCCGUGUGUGCUUGGCUUCAGUAGCAGAAGCCUCUCAGAGCAUUUAUCAUUUUGUUUGUGAUGCCCGGAGAAAUGAUACAAAGCAUGUCUCAUUCGUUCAGCAUCCGAAUCACAUCACAAAAAAAGAGUGAGUCUUUUACACGGCGUGUGUUGUGUAAUCUGGUUGUCAGUUUAGGUUGACGGGCUCUUUUCUUCACUGAUGGCUUACAAAACAAAAAUAACUCUGCUGCCAACCUCUCUAACACGUUUCCAUCAACAGCACUUUCUUUGUCGAGUGAGAGGGUGGAAGAAAAAAAGACUGAGGGACACCAACGUAUUUUCACAUAAAAGUAAAAGAUUUAUUUAUACUGUUCUAUUCGGCUCACUUUGGAUAUGUUCUAGUAGAUUACAGAAAAAUGUUAAAAAUGAUUACUUUUUCUUAAUUUAACUCAUAACCAGAUCAAAUCCAGUUACUUGAAGUCUUUUGCUCGAGCAGUGAGCGCAUGGAAAGAAGCAGGCUUAACCAAAUCAAACAUCUAACGCUGAUGUCUCGUGUAGGAAGAUACCAAAUUAGAUAGAUGCUCACAUGUUCUUCCAGAAGCUGCUGGAGCACACCCCUGCAUACACUUUACUGCAUGUAUCCAGGUCAUAAAUACCACUGACUGUCAACCCAGCUUCAGUAAGCACUAACCAGAGUCUAAUGACACAGCAAACAAAAGACCUGAACAAACUAAACAAGCAAAAAAUGUGAUUAGAAAUCCAGCGGCAUGCAGUUUUGUGUCUCUCAACGGUGGACAUGAGCAUGGUCUUAAAGAGGUGUCUUCUCCCAAAACAGAGAGAAAUAUGUUUGUGUGUUCAAGGUGAAGUUGAUCCUGUGAUUUUAGAGGUAGUAGCACAGAAUAAUUUGGAGGAGAUGAAGGUAAGCCAUUGGAAAUGAAACUGUUUGAUAACCAGCAGUUCACGAACAAGCUAACAAAAGUGUGAACUCACCGUUCAGAAUAUUAGGACAUGUUUUGGCACAUUAGAAGAGUUACUCGAUAAAAGAAGUUGAACUGGUGAUACCUCAACAGAUUUUCAUGGUUAAGCCUGUAUCUCUGCUGGUUUAUGAGUCAGCAUGGGAACAUUUGUAGAAGUACAAAUAUGCUUAACGGUGCACAGUCUGAACCUGACAUGUAGAGCUGCACGAUAUAUCAUUUGAGCAUCGUCAUCACGAUGGACAGGCACGAUAGUCAAAUGCUGUCAUGUAGGAGGAGAAUGAACUCACUGAAUUCCAAGGGUAGCUGACUGAGAUACACUGCAUGUAGACUCUGCGUGUGCUGUGCAGCAAUCCACCAAUCACUUUCGUUCUGUACUCAGUUGCCAAGCAGAUUACCCUGCCGGCCGUCAAUCAAAAUCAGAGCGGAGGAAACAUUACUCAUCACUGUUUAGCCCCCACUAAGAAUUGAACGGGUUUUAAAUUUUACAUUCCAGUGGACCACUCUACUGUGAGCGGUGUGCAUUUCCACAAGGUGCGUGCAAUGCUUGGCAGGCACGCGAUUCUCGGCAUAACACCGGUAAGAACAACAAUGACUGCAAAAUGAGCAACAAACAAGAGAAAACCACCGAAAAUGAAGACUUGUUGCCAAAAAGAAAAGCAAAGUCAGUUAUCUGGAAUUAUUUUGGUUACAAGAAGGAUGAUGUUGACCAAACACGUGUUCUGUGUCGGCAGUGCCUUUCAUCUGUUGCCACAACAAGAAAUAACAUGUCUCAGCACAAUAAAAGCAAGCUAAAAAAUAUCUCUAAGACAGACAGAAGCCAUUCUACUAACAUUCACAAAAAGAGGUAAGAUCAGUGCAGGUUAAUUGUCCACAAGAUUUCAGCAGUGCAGCAUAGCAUAAAUUGCUAUUCAGGUCAUCUGGUGAAAAUUCUUGUAUUUUUUAAAACUGCAACAUAUUUUGCAGGGUUGAAAAAAAAUUGCAAUGUUAGUUUUUUCCAGUAUCGUAUGGCCCUACUGACAUAUUUUAAGUUCUGUAAAAGCCUGUUAACAUGUCCCAGCUCUUUAGCUCCAGAUCAUCUCUCAUUAGACAUACCUUGGAUAUGAUGGUUUUGAAUCACUGUCUUUUAACCAGAUCAAACAAAGCUUGCGCUGCUGUUGCUUCUAAAAAACACAAAAUAAUGAGGUUUGAAAUGUAAAUUCUUCUUUUUGAAACAAGAAGAUAAAAGUUUUGGGAAAUGAAUGAAAGAGGUGAAGAAAAAGAGGAAGGCUUUAAAGAGGAUCAAUGAAGGUGUUUGAGAGAAAUGGUCUUUGCCUUUUAAAUGUAAAAAUGGACACUUGAGCGAGCUUUGUAGAGGCCAGCUGUUCAGAGUCUGGUGCCUUGGAUGUGGGGAGGGAGCUGGAGGGCAGAAUGAAGGUCUGUGCCAACUACCCACAAGGCAACAAGCAGAGCAGCUCUGAAAGCUCUGCCACACACCACGUUAAGCCAAGAUUAGGUGUUAAUAAAAAAGAAAUUAUCUUUUUUUUUUUUUUUUUAUUUAAACACUGGAUAUCCCAGCUAUCAUUGGAUGAAUGCAGGGGGCACACACUCCACCAUGAAAGGUGUUAUUUCACCUGACCUAAACUCCUUUCAUAACAUGUUUUAUCCUCAAAAGCAAAGCCUCUAAAAGUAUGCUGUCAUAAUAACAAAUCAUUAGUGUUUUGCAUUGGAUUCAUGAAGUUGCCGUGAAAAAACACCAAUAGUCUCAUGUUGCCGUCAUGGAUCAACCCAACAUAUCAACUAUUUCUGUGGGGAACUUGAGUGAAGUCCUUUCCGGAGUGCUGCUGCCCGUGAACGUUAUUAAGUGUUGAUGGAGCCUGCAGAGAGCUGCCAGCCUGGAGUUGCUUUUUAUUUGCUGGAAAGCAUGAGUGCCAUCAUAGGUCUAUUCACCACAACUCAAUACUGCAAGCCAGAGAGGAAAGGAGAGAGAUCCACUGAUAGAGGCUGAAAGAGGGGAGGGGGUGGGGGGCAUACGGAAACAAAAGCAGGGUUGUAACCGGACACAGAGCUCUCAUUUGGGGAAUGUUUGAAGGGGAGUAAAGUUGGGGGAGGGAGUAAUUAAAAACAUGAGCCUCUCAUUGGGUUUUAUGUUUUUUUCAUCAUGGCCUGGAAACAUGGUGGUUUUUAUUGCACAACAGCUUUUGAAAAACGAUCACAUGUCUAGUUGUUUAUACUCAGUUUACUUUGAUCACAAUUUAAUUGUGUUUUAAUCCAAUAACUAUAAAUCUGAAGUGUAUCUAACACAAUAUAUUAAAGGGAAAUUACCAAAAAAAAAAAGAAACAACACACACGCACUCACUCGAUACUCACACACCAGGUUUUAAUCCCGAGCCCCAGAGCUGUCCCGUUUCCACUAUUGUGUUCACCGCUGCUUUACCCAGUGGCCCAAGAGGUGUUAACUGAGGCUGCAGCUCAGCAUACAAAUGCAGCUUCAGAUAGCCACCUUGUCCCCUGGCCUGCUUUUCCAUCUGCAGAAAGGUCGGGCCCAGCAGUGACAGCACAUCCUCCGCUGUUGGGGGUUGGAGGGGAAGAUGUUUUUCUGCAGGCCUGGAGGUCCGGCCCAAGGAGACAGCUGGUUCCCAUAGUGUAGCAUGCAGAGUGUGUGGACUGGUUCCCAAAUACCAACAGUGCAUGGCUUGUUCUCUCUAAAUGUUUUUACCCGCCCCGAGUUUUAAGCUUUUUAUGAAUUUGUUUUUCCUUUUAUGAUCUCCUCUCUGUGGAGAGUUUUGUCUGUGCCUCUCAUCAUCACCCUCAGCCUUGUGUCUUGUCUAAUAUCUUUCUUUUCUAUCACCUCACCACCUUGCUCUUGUUUCUUUUUAAUCAGAAGAAAUGCUGUACAAAAAAAAAAAUAGUAGGCACAACUUCUCCUUAUAUUCUCAUGCUGGCAAGAGGAUAAAACACAAUGAGGUGCCGUCACCUACUUUCCUUAGUUACCUUUGAACAUCUUGCUUAGAUGGACAGAAAAGCUGAAAAAGAUAGUUAGGCUGGCAGAGUAUUUGUUUGUUCUCCUCAUGCUGUAAAACAUGAUGUUGCACAUUUAUGACAAAAAGCUCUUCAUGCAGUCAUGUUUCAAACAGCUGAGAGGGGUCGAAAUACAAGCUAAUGCCAUAUGACUGAGCAAAUACAGCAGGAUACCAUGAUGUCCCACUUAAACAUGUGGAGAGGAGGAGCACAAGGUCCAAACAUUAACUUUGUGACUGACUGGCACUGCUAAUUGAUCUACAUCUGUGUCUAAUGACCGAAAGAUUUGCCUUUAGUUCCAGAAUUCAUAAACAGAACAUGCUGAGACAGAAAUUUCUUUAUUUAUCUAGUGACUGAGAGCUAACUCAUUCAGUGGUCUUGUCGAGAAAAGGGAACACGAGUACAAGAAGCGAGGUGUUUUCAUCGAGAGAAGAGAGUAAAAGGGAUUUGUGAAAAGGAAAUUUGUGUCCACGGAGAGAAAAGAGAGGAUGAAAUAAGAAGGAAGGAGUUCUCAGCAUCUUCAGACCCUCGUCAGAAGUUUUGCCUCAAAGCCUCCGGGCUGAAGAAUGAGCAGUCUUACAUUAUGGGAACCGAUCAUUUUAAUGUCACCGAGACAAACCCUCGCUGUAAUCUUUUCAGGAGUAUUAUGAUCCCUCUAAUUUAAGCGCUGCACUGGGGGUCAUCUGUGAAUAAAAUACAGGAACAUUUGUCCUUUUGUUUUGCACCACCAUCACAUCAGUUUAUUUUUCAUCUAAAAAGCUUAAAUAUGAUUGGCCUCGCUGACCGUCUUAAAAGUUGUGCAAAUUCUUUGAUCAGUUUGAGUAGAAAAGAAACACGCUUCAGUGACAGUUCAGAGGUUGAACGCACAAGGACGCCUCAUUCAGAUUUUUACUGUGUGCUCAGGUUCUUUUGACUGUAAUCUUUUGUGCUUGUGCUCGAUUGAAUAUCUACCAAACAGGUAACGUUAUCUCUUUUUCUCUUUUCCACGUUUUCUACCCAGAAUGCCAUGGUGUCUUUCAAAGAGCUGUGCGGCCUGACUCCAGCAGCCAACAUGAAGCAGUGUAUCCUGACAGUGUCAACCUGGCUGAUGAACAGCGAGCGAUCGUUGAGGGUGACGGUGGACCUGAGUGAGACUUACCCCACCAUGGAAGCUCAGGGUCCUGUGCCUGAGCUUCUGCGCAAAGUGCUCAAUGCCUACGACAUGGUAUGUAACAACAAUACACACAACAACAAAGUAGGGCUGGGCGAUAAACCGAAAAUCUACGACAAUAACCAACGUCAUUUUGCCCAUAUUGGUAUAUUCGGUGUCAAAAAAAUAAAUAAAAGUUGGUUUUGUAUGUGUGUAGGUAGGCUAUGGUCUCAUGUCCCUUUAAGACGCUGUCCUACAUCAUAGACGUGACUCCACCCCAUCCAGUCCGUAACAAAGAGGGAAAGACAGGUGAGGAGAUGGAGGACGGUUCAAAAGUUUGAGCGGCUGGAGCGGCAGCUGAAGUACAUGAAGUUAAUGUGGGAGGGGGUGAGCAGUUUGUGGAGUAGUUAUUGUCCAUUUAUUGUUAUUGAGGUGAACUGGUCAAUAUUUCGUGGUAUUUAUUUGAGGUCAUAUCGCCCAGCCCUACAACAAAGUUUGCCAGCGUGUGGUUUUGUAAGGAGACAUCAAAUGUAAAUGACACAAAUUUAGGCAAGUGUGUUACCAAGGAAUUCUCUUUAGAAUCAGUAUUGUGUUGAAAAUUUGGCGAGUGAGGCAACAAUACUCUUACUGUAUUGGGUUACAGCUCACUAAACAUGUACUGCAGGUAAGACAUAAUGUCAAAGCACUCAGGCAUUAAGUGUGAUAACAGAGAAGGCCUUGAGUGCACUUCCUGCUCAGCAUACAUCUUCAUUGUUGUUGCUCUUACGAAAAUAAAACGGACAAAAAAAGAAAAAGGAAGGGCCGGCUUCCUCCCUCCAUUAAUUCCACUUUGCUUAUCAUUUGAGUCGAGCAUUCACACAGCUGGAUGAGUUUUAAAAGGCCCCUAAAUGACUGGGUUAAACCAUUUGCCAGGUCAAGAUUGUUAAGCUGCAGCUUCUUGUGUUAUUCCACGUGUCCUUCUCCAUCCUGCCUUCUCCCCGACAAGAACACUGCAUUUUUCACCACUUGACAUUGGCACGGCCAAAAAAAAGGGGGGUUGGAGGAGUCUGUCUGUAAUUAGUUAUCACCCGCUGUUUCCUCUUCCCUUCCUCUUUCCCUCCCUCUCCCCUGUGAGGCUUGGUGGGAGCUGGUGAAGUGGGUCAUGACUGAGGAACAAGGUUGUUGUGUCCACAUUGCUCAGUUCCUCAGCGCUCCCACUGCUGACACCAACAGCGGAGCACUGACAUCAGUAGUGAUGCAGCUAGCAGAUCUAAAAUAGAGCCUACUUUAGCUUUUAUGAGGCUUCACACCAGGCGGUGGGCUCUGCAGUGUCAGAGCGACUCUCACGCUUCAGUCCACAAAAAAGCUCCCAGGGAGAAGUGCAGGAGCGGCGCCUCAAUCUAGAUUUCGAAGUUUAGAGAUAAGCAGAUGCAUUCAAAUGACUGUUGCAACAAAGAAAAAGUUUGUCUUCCAAAGAAACUCGCUCUUUCGCAAUCUGAUGAGCGCGAUUCUUUGUUUUUAUGUUAAACUAUGUAAAAGAUGGCGAUACUCUAGUCCUGGAAGUUACAAAAGAUUUAACUUACAGUACAUAAACCUUUGAUCUUGACCUUAAUCUUGAGCCAGAUCAACUGAACUUGUUUGUGCCUCCUUUAAAUGGGCCUGUUGGCACACUCCCAGCUUAAGCACAGAGAACAUUGUGUGUUUGUGUGUGAUUAUGUGCAUGUGUGAAACUGCGUGUCCUCAUGGGAACAUGGCUGCCAAUACGAGACCAUUUACUGUAAGAAAUCAGCAUGCAGUUCUUGUCCUCAGUCACCCUCAUGUGGGCUGCAGCCAGCUGAGGUUGUGACCCUGAGCUGAACAAAACGUCUGCACACUGGGUCUUUGUUUCCAGGGAUCAGGUCAGGCAAGCUCACAUACACAUGUUCAUGAACAUUUAUAUACAGCCCAUGCACACAGAUGUGUUUAUAGUACAGCUAAACUGUUUAAUAGGCACUCAAACAGAAACUAAAGACAGAUCAGACAGAGGAUUUUUCUUUUAGGGCUGCAUCAGCAUUUGAGCGCCCCUAAAGAAAAGGGAAGAGGCGUGAACCGAGUGCAACUUCUAGACAUGUGUCGCUGACAACUCUUGCUGGUUACUUUUGAAUUAUGUAACUCUCACCUAUAUAAACACCAUCCUCUUGGGUCUGGUGUAGGUUCUUGAAAUACUUAAAAAACUAUCAAGGAUUCUGUUUAUUUUGGGGGUUUUCUGUAGAUUCUUAGAUAAAAUCAUCCUCUGAAUGAGAGGACUGUCUCUGUCAGCGUCAUUACAAAUUUGUCAGCACCUGCAUCUUAUAAGAACAGCAAAACCAAAUAAUAUAUGCAUGUGCACACACAAACACACACACACAAAUAAACACACAAAGUGAGAGUCUACUUCCUGUCUUCCAGCUAACAGGAGUGUGAAACUUCAUUAGCUUCCUUCUCCGUGCAGGAGGGCCGGUCAGCCCAGCUGCUCUUCUUCAGCCUGUGGGUUGAUGUUUAGAGCUGAAACUUCACAGCUGUGUUGGUCAAAGGAUGAUUAUAGAGAUGGAAAAAGGGAGUAACACCUUAGGUACUUUUGGUUUUCUUAAGCUGCCAAAAUACACAGCAAAGCAUGAGAUUUUAGAGGGGAAAAAAAACUUCAUUACUUAUCAUGUAGUUUGUAGUUCACCGAGGAAUUUGAUGAGGUUUCCCUUAGCGUUGAAAUGAGCUGUGCAAUAAACAAGUUAAGGAUGUAUAAAAGGGCAAGACUUUGAACUAAACAAAUAAAAAGUGUCCUCAUCUGCAUUUGUUGAUUACUUUUGGGAUUAUUUGAUUACGUAUAAACUUUAAAAUGUCGACAUGUGACAUGAAAAGUGGUGAUAUGAUAAAAAUAUAGGUGUCAUUUAUAGAGCACUUUUCAAAACGGCAACCAAGGUCUUUACAAAUGAAAAUAAAAGAGAGAGGAAAGAGAAAUACAGAAGCUAAAGAUUUUAAACAAACGGGCAAAAAUAUAACAGCCACGAUAAGAGAUGAGAGAAGGAUAUAGACAAAAUAAACCGAUUCAGACAUCCUGCUUGUGCUUACUACAUACAGGAAGCACAAAGUGUAAAAGACUAACCAUUAAAAUGUUUCACGUUGUUUCAAAAGUGAGCAAAAUCUGAUCUAAGAUGUGGAGAUUUAAAUGUUUUUUUAAAGAAGAGCCUUUUAUGGUUAAACCAUAGUCUGUACAUAGAAUGUACGUCGUCUGCCUUCUCUCUGGGUGAAGCCUCCACGAGAACAGCACCCCCUGGUGACUGGUUGCAGUAAAGAUUAUAAAUCCCGCCUCCUCGAGCAAAAUGAAUGGAACUGUAGACAAACUUUAAAAGUUAAUCCCACGCCAUAUAAAUUUUUCUCCCCCUUGGUUGCGAUGUUGACAUGUGUUUACUUUAAGACUGCUUUGUGAUCAAGUCCUCUUUUUUUCUGUGCAGCUCCAUUUUUAAAAGUUUGUAGGGGGUUUAUGUCUUCUAUGAUUGACACUUGAUACAGCCUAUGGGCAUACGAAGAUUGCGUAAAACAUCCAGGGAGUAUUCUGUUUAUGCCGAGUGUCGCUCAAUUACUGGAGACAGACCAUGUUGUGUUGUGUCUACGGAUUAAACAAAGACAGCUGACUUAAAUUGUUUCCCAGAUUAAAUAUUCAUCUCUUUUUCUUAUAUGAUGUGAAAUAAGAAGUUUAAAGUCUAGUUAAAUAAGAUGAAUUAUUUCCUACUUUUAAUUAUGAUACUCUAUCCAAAUGGACCAGAUGAAGAUAUUUAUGACAGCCUGUGUAAAUUUGGUUGGGGCUAAACUGUUUGUGAGCAGUUUAAUAAAGCACUUAAGUCCUCAGCUGCUUUGAGCCAAGGAUUUCAGGUUAUAUAUAUUAGCGGCUUUUCUCAAUCACAUCCAGAUCUGAACCCGGAUAGAACUGCAUCCGGCUGUGCCUUUUGGCGAGUGCUGCCUGUUAUGCAAAUAUCUUCUGUCCUCUUUAUCUUCCAGAUGAUCCAGACCACCAGAACACUGAUCGAGUCAGCUGAUGGCGUCUACUCAAAGCUCACACAAGCACAACGGGCAGGUAUGUUUCAUCACUGGUUGGCAGGGAACAAGUUGAUUAUCUGAUAUGUUGUUUUUUUGAAAAUAGGGACAUCCUGUCAGGAGGUAUGAGGCUGAUCUGUGCUUUUGUGAAUCACCUUUUCAUGCUGGCAUAUUUCCUCUAAAAAAUAUAACACUGUAAGGCAAAUGAUUUAUUAAGCUGAAUGUUUCUGUCACUUCAACUUUUCUCGUUCAAAAUGAAUCACACGCUGAAAAGACGCAUUUCUGCAGCCUUCGCAUGCAUUACAUGUUGUGUCCUUCCUCAUUGAAUAGUCGAGUGAAUCUACUGGUGCAACAUCUCCGUCAACAUCAGCAAGCAGCGGCUGCUGCUGUCGACAGAAUAGGCCAUCAUGAGUGAGUCACCGACGAGUAGUUAGCAUGUCAGUGGGCAGGUGAAAACAAUCUCCCAGCCACAGAGAAAACAGGAGAAAGAGGACAGAAUGAAUAAACACCCUUUGAGAGGAUGAGAGGAAUAAAAGGGUUUGACAGAGUGAGGAAUGAGAGGGGGAGGGCGGGCAAAGCGGGAAGAAAGGGAUGAAAUUAAAGAAGCGUUGAGUAUAUCAAAUUGGAGAAAAGAGUGCUCGAGGUAAGAGGUCUGGCCUUUUAGGUGAGAGCAAAAAAUGGACCCUAAUAAGAUCAUUAGGGAGAAAUAGCUUUAGAUGAUAAAAUCCUGUGGGUUAGCGUCUCCAGCCUCUUUUACAUUCACAAGUAAUUGUCCCUCAUUUGCUUUGCUUCUCUUCUACACAGCAGUGCCUCUGCUGCACGGCUCCUGAAUUGGGAGGACAUAGUUUGAAUACUGAGAUCUUCAUUUUGCAUGUUUUACCUCGAACAGCCACCCUCAGAUACACCUGAAGUAAAUGAGACGGCCUCACAGACUUGGACUGAUUAUUGAGCUUCAAAGCACUUUUGUAAACAUGACAAGCUAUUUGUAUUCAUUGUUGUUGUGUGCCCUGUUUAUGAUAAACCCCCAAGUCAGGGAGGGAUCAUUCACAUGCACAUGCCAACUCAAUAUCCUGAGACCGAUAAGCCAAAAUAAGCUUGCUAUGCCCAGUGUUACUCCCUGGUGUCCCACUGAGAGGCAUAUGCUUCACUUCCCACACCACAACAAGCCAGGAUGAUAUUUGUGUGAUGCAAUUACCUAGGGAUGUACCCAGGCUGAAAGCUCGGGUCUCAGUCAUAGAGUCAUCCCCUGGCUCAGAGAUUUUCCUAGUCCAGAUCUGGACGCAUCUUCAAAGGCGAGGAGUGCAGAGUUCAGCUGAGCUUUAACCCCACACACUACAAAACAAGGAGCAUGUAACCCAAUUAAAGCGAAAAUAUGGGAAUCCUUAAAUUUCCAUGUAAAAAAUGUUGAAGAUACAAUAAUGCAUGCAGAGUUGAAGCGUUAGCCCUGAGGGGGCCUCAACUGCAUGCCAAACAUAGUACUCUCCGUAUCGCCCACUCCCCCACCCUUAGCAAUAACACACACGCCUCAAUCCAAACCGCUGCCAUUCUCAAACACACAUACAACUGUCAUGUUUGUCCACUGAUGCUUCUAGACAUGUUCCUGUGAGGUUGAAAAGAAGGGGGGAAAAAAUGUUCUCUGACAUAAUGUGUCUUUCCAGCAGGCUGUCAGGGAAACAGAUGGCCCUGCACUGUUGAAGAAAAUCUAUUUACUUUGCUUUUUUUUUUUUACGUGAUAGAGAUCUGUAAAAUGUAACCCCACCGCCUCAAAUCAAAAUGGGGGAAAAACAAUUUUUAGCUUAAAUGAAAUUCAACCUUGUUGGCCUAAGGACACGCAGAAGAAAGAUGGGCUGGGAAAGCAGAACUCGCCACAUAUUAAUGUGAACAUACACAGCUCUUUCUUCUUGUAUCUUUGACUUUCUCAGCUUCAUCUACAUAAAUUGGUUCAUAUAUGAAGAUGUUAACCGUCUGUAUCUUUGCUUCUAACUCAUGAAUAUCAUUAAUCCAGAUCAUUUGGAGAGAGAGACACUCUUGAUAGUGAAUUAUGAUGCUCGGCACCACCUCCACGCAUUAACAAUUUUAUAUCUGCUCUGAUAAAUCCACCACUGUUAAGAAACAAAUGUCUUUCCGAUAUAAAUGCAGACACUCCUACGCUCAGAGCGCUCUUUGUCCCCUUCACAUUCAACCUGACUCAUCGGGUCCCAUAGGUAUGUCUGCUGCCUCUUUAGCUUUGCAUAUAUGCAUAAUUCUUUCAUAACGGCCUUUUUAUUACUCUACAAACAAGAGAAUGAAAUAGAUUGUGUAACCUUACACUUAAAACUUUACCCUCGGGGGUUUAAGUAAUCCAUCGAAGUCUAAUGUCACAAUCAGAAUCAGCUAAAGCAACACUCACCUGUCUCCCCAUGCAAAAUGCUUCAACAAAACCCUGUCUUUGUAAGUGGAUUUUAUUCUACUUCCUGGUCUCUCUUUUGUUUGGACUGUCUGAGUUCAUUACAAGAACUUCUAAUCCCUCACUGAGUAGCAAAAAAACAACAGAAGACAGUUAGACACACUCAUGCCUUCACAGCAAAGCAGGACAGCUUUCUUAGUUCUUCAGACGGACUGACAAGCCCUAAAUGCACCUUUCAGAAGCCCAACUUAUAAGCUGCAUGAUUGCAAGAGUGGCAAUAGCAACAGCCUGAGCACAGACAGGCAGACAGUCAGAGAGUUGAGUCAUACCAAAAAUAACAGAAUGGUGGAUUUGCAUAGAAUUGAGGGUUUUGUCUUUACGAUUGAUCUGGAGGCCGGAGGUAUAAUUUUGGCGUAAUUUGGCUGUGUGAGAGGCAGAGAAGGUUGCUAUUAGAGAACAGGUUGUCAAAAGUAGGAGGGGAAAUGUGGGCUUGGAUAGGAUGUGUGUGUGUUGUGUGUUGGUGUGGAGUUUUUAGCCUGAUUUCAGGCCUUUGAUUGACCUGACACUUUGGCCCCAGCCUCUAAGAGGGUGCUCUGCUCAUCAGCUAAAUGCUGUUGUGACAAAGCCUUAAUCAUAAUGAGGAGCAGGCUGCGAUCCCAAAUGAGGGACCUGAACUCACCUCUUGCCUCCUCACUUGCCUUUCAUUUUAAAUCCCAGCAAGGCGAGAUGAGCCGCACGUCCGCAGAUUAAUCACUCAUACAGCAGGAGAUGAGAAACAGGGAUGAUGUGGGACAGUUUUGGGUUACCAUGGCUCUUACUCCCCAACACAACCUCCUCCCUUUCCUCCCUUCUCCUCUCUUCUUUCCUCAGUUCAGUUUAUGCCCCAUCAUUAUUGCAGCUAAUCAGUUUAAUUUGGGCAGUGAAGCUGACGUGUUGAUGAGGAUGGAGAGGUGCUGGAUGAUCCCCCCUGGGCGCUAUUGAUGGCUCGCCAUCAUGCACACCGCUAAUGGGAGACCAGAUAGACAGCUGGGAUGCACACUCCAGCACCUCCAGAUGCUACCACUGUGUGUUUGUGUCUGAGUGUACUCUCUGCAUGCAUAGUUAAUCUGUUUUUGAAUUUAGCUCCCACUUGGUCUCCUAACUAGCCUGUGCUCCACUGGUUUAUAACCAUUUUUUAAAGACACAGAUUCAAUAUCUAUGAUUGCAUUUGGCUGCUUUAUCAGUGUGUCAAGUUCCUUACAAAGACACAGUUUUAGGGGACUCCUUUUUUAAAUUUGGCCUUACUUUGAGAACUGCCCCACAUAAUGCUACUUAAAGUUAGAUAUUGUAUUCAUGUAGAUACAGAAUUGCAUUAAUUUGAUCAUAAAAACAAUGCAGUUCAAUGGCAUAUUUUCUUCAAAAGGAAAAGCAAAGGCUCCUAACAUUGACUGUUUCACUUAGUGCUGCACUAGAAAAAAAAGUAAUGACAAUAAUAAUAAUAAUAAAUAGACAUGCACUUUUUUUUUGUCUGAAUCAACAUUAUGAUGCAUUUAUGUGUCUGAGAAUACAUGACUACAUUUUACUGUGUGAAUUUUGAAGGCUCAGCCUUCCCACAGCCUGCCUGAACUUAUUUAUUGAUGACUCCCUCCAUGCAGAGUCUCUGUGACUGACCACGCUGACUGUUAUUUUGGUUCAAGGCCUCUUCAUGUGGAUUCCAUUACCACAGAAAUCCAAGGGAUAGGGAUAUCCUCUUCCCUUCUUCCUCUUGGCUUUGCAAAGUCAUUGUUUUCCCAGCUACAAAAUCCCAUUCCCUGUUUGUGAUUAUAUUUUUCCCGGUUCCUCGGCCUCACGCAGAUAAAGCGUGAGACUGUGGAUAAAGUGAUAGCACUGAUUUAGCUUCAUGUAUGAUCUUUCUCUACCCCGCACAUCAUUUCUUUGAAGAUCGUGCCUGACUUUACCUUUCUCUCCUCCUCUGGCUGUAGCUCUCUCUCUCUCUCUCUCUCUCUCUCUCUCUCUGCUUGUGUGUUUGGAUUGAGUGAUGCAGCACUCACUACAAAAGCAGAGAACCCUGCCUGCUCUGUGCAGAGACUGUAAGCCUUUACUGAAGUGUGUCUGCCUGUGUUUGUCUGCUCAAACACAAUACAUGUUGUCUCAUCAGUCCCUCUGUCUAUCUUAGAGAUCAUUUCUUCCUCUCUAUUUUUCUUUUUACUCUAUAUCUCUUUCUAGUAACGAAGGAAAGCUCACAAUCCCUGUCUCAACAGUGUGUGCCACAGGGGCAACAUUUUGUUUAUUAACUCAUUUUCUUGAAUUUAAAGUGACAAAAAAAAAAAAUGACUGUGAGACUGUUGGGAGAAGAAAAUGCUUAAUAAUUGUGAAAUUAAAUGCUUGGAGAGGCUGUAUUGUGACAUGCCGCCUCUAGCUAAUUUCCUCUUUUAUUCAGCUCGCUGUCUGCCACGCUACCAAAGUUGUGUGAUCCCGAAACCGCCUUGGCUCAGUGCAGCACCAGCAGCAGGCCAUUAACUGCACCAGAUUACAAGAUCAAAUCAGCCAUAAACCCUGUUAACACAACUUUCAUGCUCAGAAAAAAAGGGGCUCUCCGUUGGCUCUACAUCAGUAUUGUGAAAAUAUUAGACAACAUAAGUGCUUGAUCUUUUUUCACGGUGUGAUGAGACUGAUACGUGCUGCUAGGCUAGAGAUCAGGUUCUUUGUUUUUUAAAGCCAGACCGCUUAAACUGUUUUAUGCGCUGCAGUAUUUGGAGAAAAAAACUGUUGUAGUGAAUUCUGCACAAAAUGAUGUGCAGAUCUGCUGAGGAGAGAGUGGAUGUAGCUGAGGCAGAAUGUAUUUCAGAUAAGUGAGUAUCUUCUUGAUUAUUCAUGUCUCCUUAUCAUUCAUGAGGGGGGCGCAGCAUUUUUGUAUUUUCGGAGACUGUAACUACAUGAUAAGUAGACAGAACAUGGUCUUCUACUUUGCAACCAGAGAAUGAGUAUUACACAAAAUGAUGCGUAUCAUAUAUCUGCUCCUGAAACUGUUAUUUAGGAUGCAACCCCGUGGUUAUUUUGACAAACAACACCUCUCCAAACAAAGCUAAGACUUCUCUUUGCAACAGUGGAAGUACCUGCUAAAGCUGAAGACUGUGUGGACUGAAUGAAACGUGUUGAGGAGCUUUAGUGGUUGAAGUUUCUUCAUUGUCAUUGUGGUAAACAAAGCUGUGUAAGGUCAGUGGACAGAGACAGACUGACAUGCAGCCGGAGACGCACACAGAUUGUGUGGGAGUUUGUUCUUAAAGCCCAGAGGAUUAGUAAUGGUCUGCCUGGGCUAAAUGAAGCCGGACCUACUGAUAGACCAAUUAAGGGUUAGCCUGCACUGCACUACUUCCAUUUAACUUCCAUUAGCAAUGCAGCACAUUGUACACUGAACUGCUGCUGUGUCCAUUUGAGAGGAGGAGCUGGCUUUAUGUCUUUUGUUUUGCAGAGUUUGUUUUGAACAAUCCAAGAGUAAGAAGAAAUGACCACGGGAGCAAGAUAGUACUGCACUGCCAUCUUCAAAAAGGAGAUUCUGACUGUUUGUAUUUGUAUUAGGGCUGAAAUCAACCAAAGAAAUUCUUGGAGACUAAAACCCUGAAAUUUUUUUACCAAAAAUCGACUAAUCAGGGGGUGGGGGGCAACGCGGCUUGGCUCGAUAAGAAGGCAGUCAAACACGAUGAAAGUUGAAACGCUCAAACUAAAAAGCCAAUAUCAGUCAAUAGCCAAUAGUUAUUGAUGACAUUUGGUAAUAUAACAAUAUCACUGUGUUCUGUUAUGUCUGUGUCGUCAACAUUUUAAAUUUUUUUGAGUGGCUUGCUCUUUUUGAGUGUAAAAAAAGUCAUUCCCCACCUCCCCAAACCUGAUUGGUUGUGAGGCACACUCCAAGUCCUUCAAUAACGUGCACUAGCCCAAACAAAGUUAGCGUGCUACAAUAUUGGAUUGUAGAAACCAACAAGAAAGUACGGAAAACACAUCAAUAAAUCGAAAUAAAUACCGGAGACCGGACAAGAGCUAAGAAGCCGGGUCAACAUCAGCAUAAAGGAUGGGGGACACUUCGGGGUCUAAUGGACCCUGUAACCUUUCUGCUGGACAGGUAAACCACUUUAACAAAGUAAGCCAAGUGUCUGUAACAGAAAUGUUUCUUGUCAAACGGGACCUGCUGCAUGUUGUAGCGCCGCUAAAGUGUUUACCUCGGGUUCUGGAGUAUUCCAUUUUAUCUUAGUUGUGAAAGUCCUGCAAACAUUGUGUUUGCUGGUUGUCUGUUGGCAUCUACAGUAGCACCAAUGCUUUUUACUUUCACAUUCACUGGGCUCUAUUUGUAAUUAUCUAAAGUAUUUAUCUGCAUUAUAUCUGAAUUUAACUGAAACAAUACGAGCGAGCAGGAGCGUCUGUUUGUGGGCGGGGCUUGCUGGAGCAGAGACGGAGGGGAGAGGAGGAGCCGAGGGGAAAACUGGUUGGGAGGGGUAGUGUUUAUAUUUAAGAUUUCUCCCCAAAACUGGCACUUCCUCAGAUCCUGCCGACCCCACCUUUAAGUGGACGCUCUUCAAUCUUCCUGUCUCGAGAUGGUCUCCAGUGGCUUGGGUGAAUCCAAAAUGGUGAAGACAAGGGGGAUGUUCUGAGACAGGCUGUUACCUUUGAAAUGGGGGUGCUCUGAAAGCACACGUUCCUUCUGAUGAAAUUAACCAUAGAUUAUAAAUUGAUGCAGAAAAAAUCGAGUUGACCAAUCAGAAUUUUGGUUGACUCAGCACGUAUCGACCAAUAAGUCGACCAGUUGACCAGGACUUUACAGCCCUAGUUUGUAGGUUAAAGUAGGGCAGGUGCUACAGAUGGUGAAAGGCAAAGCAGCAUGGUGCAGUCAUUUAUUGUCCAGCAGAAAACUUAGAGGUAGUUUUGGAAGAAAGGAAGGCUGGCAGUUCGAUAACAGGAGACACAAAAGCGGAUCUGAAAAACAAAGGCACAACAAAAAAAGGAACUCGGAUUUAGAAAAGCUCAAAGUUCAAGGCACAAAGUGUUCACAAAUAACUGAACACUAAAGGAUAAAAUGGAAAAGUUAUAUAUAAUGGAUGUGGGCGCAGGUAGGUGUGACUAAAACCAGUCAGCUAAUUUAAGCAGUGCUUAGGUUUAGAGAAGAGGAGGAAAUCUCUGACAGCAUCUUGUGGAGAAGUGGAUAUCAGACUAUCAGCAAAGCCAGCCUUCAUAUUUUCAUUCAUAUUUAUCUGAGGCGAGUGUAAAGAGAGGAUCUAUUGUUUUAUUAAUUUGGUUCUAAAACUAGAAAUAUGUAAAAAACAGAAUUAGCUUCUAAUUUAAAACGGCACAUGUAUCAGUUAUCUAGAUUUUAGGGCAUAUUGACUUUAUGACAAUAUAAAUCAGGACAUUGUGGGCAUGUAUGGUCUUGUUUUACAUAAUCACACUCAUAAGCAUACAGUACAUGCUGCUUUGCGAGGUGAACAAGAAGGAGAUCAAACUUACAUAACAGAUUUAGGUGUCUGUCCCUUUAAGUAACCACGUCUUGAUGUCUGUACUUCCCAGGUUUGAUUGUGUUUCUUGUUCAGCUCCACUUUGAAGAAUCAGAAACAUUACAAACACUGACUUUUUCCCAGCAUGCAAUGUUUUUUUUUUUUGGGUCGAAUGCUUCAGAACUAAUAUUGACUCACUAUUAUCAGAGCUAUUAUGUCAUUUUUGGGUCGAUGUAUAAGCAUGGAUGGAUCACGUGUUUGUCUGUGUGUAGGUCUGGACUUCCACGAAGACCUGCAUCGAAUCGGAGCAAAGGAGGGUCUGAAAGGACGCAAACUUCAGAAGGCCAUGGAAAGCUAUGCUUGGAACAUUACUGUCUUGAAGGUAAGACCACACCUGACACAAAGCCUCCAGCUCAACAUAGUGCUCUCUUUUAUUUGUAGACUAUAAGCAGCUGGAUAAGGAAGAGAUUAAACUACAUGGUAUCUCAAGAAAGCACUCUGGGCUAAUUAUAUUUGCCUUCUCUCUAAUCCCCAAAUCUCUUAAUUAAUUGCAGAUGAUUACAAGCACAGUUUUAUUUAUUUGCUCGUGUAACUAUCUUGACAAGCCACGAAAGGAUUGUUCACACUUGUUUGCAGACACACACAUGCUGCUCCAUCAUUCCUCAUAAGGGUCCGCUGGGCCCCCGGGGACAUGCUUUGAAGAUGAUGCUCAGCAAAAUACAUUCAUGUCUCUGCCUUUCCUUUCCCAUGACAAGAGGAGAUAAGGCUGCCCAGUGGCCUCAUCUCACUGCCUGUAUGAACACUAGUAGUAAUAGCAACACUGAUAAAAACACCACAUGCUGCUCAGACUGUGCUCGGCGGGCCUGUUUUGCUAAAUAAGGACAGAGCAGCCUGGGUAUUUUUAUCUCAUCUCAUCACCCUGAAAUCAUUUAGUGUUGAGUGAAGAAGCUCCCUCAGCUGAGCUUUUGUUUUAUUGUCAGGAAAGGUGGGAUUUUGAUUGCUUUACACCGGUCUCAUCAGACUAAAAGACAGUAAUAGAUUGCAACUAACAAAUAGGGAAUAGUGUAAUUAACCCAGUACUUUAAUUUAAAAGGUAUUAAAAAAAAAUGAAAGAGUGCCUUUAUUCAAUGAGUAGAUUUAGUUUAUUGCUUAUUUGUCAAGAUUUUAGCUAAAGCAUUUAUAAAUUAGAGAAAUAAGUUGAAUGAGCAACAGCCAGAUUUGUCUUAAUUACGCCUUAUCACACUCUUAAGAAUUUGAGAAGCACAACAGAUGGCUGAUGAAAAACUAAUCCCCUCUACUACCCCCAAUUUCACCAGACUCCUCCCAUCCCUUCUUUGUCCACCUUGAGUCAUUCCCUCCCUGGUCCUUCAGUUUCUUUGGAGAGCCUCAUUCUCAGCAUGAAGACAUCUUGGCGUGAACAUAACCCCUCCUCCUCCUCCUCCUUCUCCUCCUCCUCCUCCUCCCAUUCUUCAGCUGUAAUCUGUGUCUCAUACUGAACAUUUGGUGAGCGGUGGGUGUCUGUUUGCCAAAACUGGCAGCCAUGCGUAGUUGCUUCACCUGUCAACCUCGCCAGAUCCUCAGCAGGUUUGGAAAGACUCGCUGAUAGGAAGCAGAGAGAGAAAGGGGGAGGAAUUGACUUGUUUAUCACUUUUUCUCCUACUGCCUGUUUUCCAAAACUCCCUCUGCAUUCUUAUUUUGACAGUAGCAGACAGAUCACAACCAUCACAAUGUGUAUAUACGUAUCUUUAAAACCACUCUGACGAAUAAUCCAUAUCCAACACUGGCAAAAAAGAGGCUUCUGAAGCAGGUGUCAAGCAUGUUUAAGCCUUUUUUCCGUAGAAUAGCAAACUCAGGGUCGAGUUCUUUCUCACAAUUGUAGUUUUUACUGUAAUUCACUAUUUAACUGUAACCUGAAAGAAAUGUACAGUGAAGGUUGCUAGCACUUAGAGUUAAAUGAGGGACUUUGAUUUUUUGACAAACAAGGAGAUUGGAGUCAAUUGUAAUGAGUCCUGUAGCUGUGGGAUGCGGUGGCUCCCCUGUGGAAAGCUUACGUCCAGCUGUAGGGGUGGUUCUGCUGGAACACAAGUGCUGUCGUGAUUUAGCUCUGGCAGCACGGGACAAGCUGCUCGCUGUCUUAUUUUAUGCCUGGUGAGUCAUGACUUACAUAAUAUCCCUUUUUUUUCCCAAACUAUGACUUAUUCAUAGUUGUGGUUUGCGUGCUGAAGUGGUUCAGGUAAAAAGGGCACUUGCAGAGUAUUAACAUCACCUGAGAGUAAAACGUUGGGCGCCGUGUGAAGGGCAGCACCUGUACUCAUUCAAAACGAUGUGCGCUGAGAACUGAUAUCCUUUUCACCGUUUAUACUUCAGCCUGGUUCAGAACGGGUUGGCCUGUGCCACUUCACAGGGAUGUUAACUUAGAAAGCUGUCACAGCAGGUCAGAAAGAGUCCAGAGUGAACCUCAGUGGGAGGGAGGGAGAGAGAGAGGGAAAAUAUACACAGUCAUGGAAGAGGAGAAGACUGCUUUCAGCUUUCUCAUGAACAGAUGUUAGACAGAAGAUGUUGGUUCAGAGAAAGUGUGAGAGCAGGCACACAGUUAGGCCAGAGGAGGGGUGUCAAAACUUAGACUGGGGGAUUGUAAAAGCAUUUGGCCAAAUCUCCUUUUUUAAUUUUACUUAUUGCGGGUGCUUAUAAUAGGAACAUCUGCACAUGCACAGGAAUAACCGUCUGUGGAGACUAAGACUCCACCGCAUUUCCGCACAGCAGAGACAGCAAGCUUAAGGAGGCAGGCGGCUAUGGCCGUGGCCCAGAUUGACUUGACAGCGCUGUAAAGCAGGAGGCUUGCCCUGACCACUUCCUCCACAUAUGGCAGGGAUUCUUCUCUGGGGUGCUCCCAAAUAAAGAGCAGAAAUGUAGUAUAACAUUAUCAACGUAUGACAGCACAAUUCAGCAGCAGAGAAAAACAUGAUGACAGCUGGCAGCGAUCCAAAGCUUUUGUUUAGUGGCUUUAUACUGCCCCCUUCUGGAUUUUUUGAGGACAUGCACUCAGGAAAACAUUAUUUAUACAGUAACUCCUUUACCUGAUCUUAUUUUGUCUUUUCUACAAUAAAUCUACUUUAGCCCUUCGAACUCCCAGCUACAUUUAGCUAUUUUUGGUCCCACUCUUUUUUUUUUUUUUUUUUGUAAAAAUCUAUAUGGCAACUCUUUUUUUUUUCAGGACAACCUCAGCUGUUAAAAAAAAUAUAUAUAUAUAUGAAAAAAUAUGUGUAAAAUGAAUGUCACAUUAGAUUCAGAACCAUCAAAGUCUAGACAGAAAUUGAGACCAACAUUUUUUUGCACAAAAAACACAUAAAUCUACAGUGACCAAGCCUUUUAUCAUCUGCACAUCAUUCUCUCAUGUCUUGGCUAUCAGGAGAAGAAGUAUUGGGAUUGGAACAAACACACAACAGAAACUAUUUACAUAUUGACACUAAUUCUUCUUGGCGUUUUUUCACUAUUUACAGUUGUUUAUGCCACUCCUUGUAGCAGUUCCUGUCUGAGAUGAGACAGAGUCACAUCAUACUGCUCAUAAUCUCUUUUUUGCUUGUUUCCAAGCAUUGAGGACCAUUAUUUCUUAUUUUACAGACAAGCAGGGAACUUUCUUGUCUUUUGUUGAUCUUUGGUUGCCUCUUGUUGGACCCUUCCGUCAAGAGAACAGUAGAAGAAGAAUAUGAGACCAUGUAAUUGGUCGAAAGUUUGACAGAAAAAGACAUCAUGACGUCAUCAAAACAGCUUGUCAAACCCGGAAGACAUUAGCAGCAUUUAGCGAUUGUGAUCUUUUUUUGUCAAAACAAUAUGAUAAAUAAUCUUGUUUUCACCGGUAAAUCACUGCUGAUUUACCAUCAAACGUCUCUGAUCAAACACCUGUUUUUGUGGCUGGAUUGUAAACCUUGUGGCAGGUGUAGAAAUGCCUGGAAACCCUCACUUUUUAUCCCAUAAAGAUACACAGUAUAGUUCCCGAUAAACUGUAAACAAUGUUAAGGUGUCAGGUGGGAUCACCGGCUAUCCAGCAGAGUUCUAAGUGUUAAAGAUUUUUAUAAAGAUAUUGUGCAAAAUGUAAAGCUCCACUCAGAGAAUUGAUAUCAGAGGUGUUUCCCGUCACAUGAAUACCAUUAUUCAGAGGUUUAUUUCUUUAAGUUGCUGGUAAAGCUUCAUUUAUUUCUGUCUCUUUGUCUCUGUCUGAAUUUUAGGGUCAGGCAGACCUGCUCAAACAUGCUAAGAGUGAAGCUCUGGACACUCUGCGUCAAAUCCACUGUGCAGCCCAAUCCUGUGGCCUCAGUAAGAAUGGAGCAGCGUCCCCCCAGCUCCAGCACCACCCUCACCACCAGCCACAGCAGGUCCAGACUCAGCAACAGCCUCAAGCCAAGGCCCACCCACAGCCUCUGCCAUUGCACCAGCCCCUUCCCCAAACCCAGACCGUACCUCAGGCUUAUCUCCAUCCCCUCCCCCAGCAACAUCCCCAGCUACCAGCUCUCCCUUUGCUUCAAACUGUUUCAAAGCCUCCAGCCUACCCUCAACCCCCACCCAUACCCCAGCUGCAGUUUCAGUUUGAUAGCCAGCAGCAGCAGCAGAGGGCGGAGAGACCUCUGGACGCCAUUCCUGAGAAGGAGGUGGUCACUGAUGAUCCUGUGGCAUCCUGCUGACCCGCAGCCUGUGCCCACAGAGAAUUCUACCCAAAGAGAGACAGGGACAGCCAGGUAGAGACAGAGAAGAAGAGUGUAGAAGAAAAGCAGGAGGGCGGUGGUUUCAAAGGGCAGACGGAGGAAGUGGCAGAGAGAAUUAAAGAGAUAAUGAUGGUGAGGAAGACUCGGCGUGUUAGAAGUGAGACACAGGUCUGAGAGGAGGUUGAAGAAGAAAGGACGGAGGGACCUUACACUACGUUUAUAGUGUUUCUUGACAGGUUUGAAAACUGGGAAGACUCUGUCAGCUUGGAUCCAGGAAGUUUAGGUCUCUACUUUUUUCUCUCCUGUCAAGGGUCAGAAGGGUAACAGCAGGACACAAACUUGUGGUAGUAUGAUCAGUCAUUCAAGACAUCCCUGUCUUUCUCUGGGCAGUGCUAGUUACAUGCACUCACUAUGUACUCUAGCUCUGUGGGUACAGGCUUUACCUCACAUUGGCAUUUUUUGCCACACAUUUGCCUUUUCAUUUCCAGAGACUUCUUCGGCAUGUAUUUGAGCUUUUAUUUUAUUUUAUUUUUUAAUUUUUUAAUGCUCACACUCUCCCCUCCACCUUAGACAUAAAACUAAGUGCAAUCCCUCACUCAUUUCAAAAACAGGAUGCCAUUUUCAUUUCAAGUGCACUGAGUACAGCAGCUCGACUGAGCUCUGUGGACGUGACGGAGGACCAUUUCAGCACAAACCAGGGAAAUGCAGAGCUACAAUAGAAAAACACACACUCCAACUGUUGAUGUGUUUAGUCACACUGUUGAUCUGCUUUGCAUCCUUAUAUAUCAUUCCUUACUUUUUACAUUCUUUGACAUCACUUUGAUACCCCCACAGGGUCUCCUUGUCUCCUCCCCAGGGGCUGUGUGUGUGUGUGUGCGUGUGGUGUGAGUAGUCGUUUUGGUCCCCAGGGUGGAGCUAGCCUGUGUCCAAAAAUGGCAAAGCUCAUCAGCCAGUCACAACUGGAAUAUUGACCCUGCCUGCUAGAGGUCAAAGGUCAACAGGAACACCUAACUGCUGUCAAUAAAAACACAAAAUAAAGUGAAUAUAGAUGUAAAGUGUAUGUAAAAUGUAACAAAAGAACAUAUAUUGCUAUAAUGAAUCUUGCAGACGAGGACAGUAAUGAUUGAUAUUAUUAUGAUUGUGGUUAGUUCUAUUGAUAUUCUUUUUUUAACAUUACUCCCACAUAUGCAGUGAUUUGACACCUGUUGCUCUGUGGUGCAGAUCAGGAAAACCAGUGCAUGUGGGACUGGAUUGAAAGGAUUACGGGUUAGCACCACAACACCAGGGUCAAACAAUAACCUGAUAUGUGUUUCACUGCAGAGUGAGUGUGGAUUCUGUAAGAGCUCCAUUAAAAACUGGCUUCAUUGUUUAUUACGGCUCCUCUUCUUUCUGUCUCAUUCAUGACUUGAAUAUUGGGGAUGCAUGCUGAUGUCUGGAAGGAAAUCAAAGAGGUCCUUUCACUUGAAUUUUGUCUAUAACUUGUGCAUGCUUUGAAUAUUAGUCUGCUGAAAAAAUGCUCAUGCAGGGUUAAGAGAGUGACUGAGUGAUGUGACAUUUUUCA